UACUUCUUUCUAGCCCAUGAAGGUCUGUGUAGCCCUCUAAGAAUCUGCGCAACCCCCCAUAGUGAUGAGAAGAUCAGUUCUUUUGACUGAAUCUUUAGAAUCUGUUCAUAAAAACGAUUCGUUCGAAAGAUUCGUUCACUGAAUCAGUCAGUGCUUCGGAGCCCCGUUCUGCCGCUGCAGUAAACCAGUGAGUGACACAGCGGCGAGUUCGUUCAUUAGCCCCUCCCCUGCUGCUGAAGUCACAGCGUCAUUCACUGGGUGACUCAUGUUGUUCAUUCACAAAGUCCUGAAGGAAGAAUCACUCCCCUGCCCUGAAAAACUCACCGCUCAGUGUGUCGCCGUGGACAGAAACAACACAGCAGCGAGCAGCACGCCGCUAAACGAGCGCGAGCACGUUCAAUAUAUCGCAGAAAAGUGGAGAGAUUAAAAAUAAACAAACAUGGCAGCUGUAGCGGAUUCUGCUUCUGUUAAAGAUAUCAAACAGAAUAUUUCUACUUCAAGUUGUUCGGAGGUCGUUCGUUUCGUUCACAGUCUGACUGAGACAUGUCGUUCAUUUGCUUUGAGCAAAUCAAAAGACCCCGCCUGCCCGCCCGCCCGCUCGCUCGCUGGCUGGCUGGUUGUGUGUCGUUUGCCAAAGAGUCAAAGGCAGCAGUUCCACUCCCGACCAGCACACCAUGCUUGUACCGGAGCUCAACUGAACUGAGAAAGGAACGAAUCAGGUCUCUGAGUGAUUCAGUUAACGUCGUUCACUCAGCUGUUCAGUUCUUUUGAACGAAUCGUUCAUGAAUGACACAAACACUACCUCCUAAACAUCUCAGGACGACAAAUCUGCUGAUUCAGGUGUUUUUCUGGUAAACGAUCGUACUUUAAGGUACAAACCGUUCAUAAGUUAGUCCUCUUUUUAAUCUGGACCCACACCUGUGUGAUCAUCUCCGAGGACCGACACUCAUCCCUGAUGUUUGUUAGACACAGAGAUAUUAUUUCAUCAGGUCUACCUGCUGCUCCUCUGAGGACAUGUACUCUCAACAGAUUAACAGCUUAGUUCCUCUUCCUCCAAGGUCAGGGAGUUUUCGCUGCCAUCUUUGUUUUCCUCUCAGAGUGUGGAGCGCUGCUUCACCUGCAGGCGUGCACACGGCGUGCACACGGCGUCAGUGGAGGCGGUUUUAUUUGUGUCUGAGCUGUGAUUAACUCCAGCUCUGUUGUGACCGACCUGAACGACACGAGAGGACUUUAACGAUGCAGGAAUCUGUCUGCUGCUGCUCAAAGGAAAUCCGACUUUCAGGGUGAAGAUGAUCGAGUUUAUCAUCAUAAUUAAUCGUACAAAGAAAACGUCCAAAUGCUGUUAAUUGGCCGACCAAUUAAUGAGUCCAUCUCUAAUGAAUAUCAGAAUAAUGAAACGUCUCUGUGCACCUGUUCCAGCUCAGUCACUCAGAUGAAGUCUUUGACAGAGAGUUAGGGAUGUCUUAGAAAUGAAAACAGCUCCUUCCUUCUGACUGUCGAGUCUGUCUUAAAUUUUGGAGAUCCAGCAGCAGCUCCAGGUCGUCUCUGAGAUUUAAGGCCGCCGCUCCAAUCACAGCGAGUGCAGCCAUCAACAACCCUCCCUCCUGUCAGAUCAUCGUGUCCUUGAGGCGGACUCGCUGAACUGAACCGAGACUCGCUCGCUCGCUCAAAGUUCCUUUAGAUAACAGCAUUAGCUAAUGGCUUCAACGUGAUGUAAAAAUUUCAGUUAAUACCCCGUAAAACGAGAGCAGGAUCAUUCGGCUUUUAGGGUCGUGUUCGUGUGCGAUUGGAUUUUCCACGUCCCGGUGCGGGUCCAGUCGGAGUCGACACAACAGCCCGACUAAACUCAUUUAGCUGAAACACUUUCACAGAAGAUAAAUUUUUAACGGGCCGUUUAGGGGGAAUACUGAAACAGUUAGUCAAAUAAUCUGGAGGUGAUAAUUGGAUUUUGGACGACUGAGCAGAAAAAAAAAUCACUUUAGAGACGAGGGGAGAGUCUGGGGGAUUCUGUGGGGCCUCUAGUCCAGAUAUUACGGCAUCGAUGACUGACUGUGAGUGAACUUUUUAAAGAUAUAAGAUGUGUGAGUCUCAGGAUCCAUCUCUCAGGUAUCAUCAUCCAGUGAAUUUCUCUGAAGUCAUUAUUUUUAUCAGCUGGUCCAUCUGAAUGUUUUAUACCCAGAAUCCUCGGCUCCCUUUCUCUGAACUGAUUCAUCACUUUUCAGGGAAUAGAGAACAGGUCCUCUGCGCUCUUCGUUGAGGCUGCAGUGAUUACUUCCUGAUUUAAGUGAUUACUAGAUGUUGCUCGGCUCCUGAAGGGCGAAUUAGCUCGUUCUGCUGAGACCUUGAUCAAUUUAAUCAAGUGUAAUGAAGAAGCUGAAGGCCGUGAGCCGCUCUGUUCAGGACCGUCUUCUACAGGUCUGGUUAUCUCAGCGCUCUGACUUCAUUAACAUCACUUCCUUGUAGAUAGAUAUAUAAGAGAGUCGGUUAUAGACUCUGGAAUGAUCCGUGGUCUUCUGCGUUCAGACGGUUUAGUCUUACAGGUGGUUUUCAGGGUCGUCUUCUUCGAUUAUGAAGCUCCUCAGUUUUGUUUCUGUCUUCGUUGGUUCAGUUAGUUUGUUUACAUGUUAAAAAAUCCAUUUAUCACUAAACUAUGACUGAAACUGGACUUUAAAAAAAACAAAACAUGUAAACAUGUAAGCAGGGCUCUCAAGUCUCACGCAUUCCCACUCGUUCACACGCCACACGUUGUAUUUCUCAUACAGUGUUGGAAAAAAGUUUGGAAUAUUUUCUUCAGUGUUUCGUGUAACGUGAAUGAUCCUCCAACAAACGUGGCUGAACUGACUCAGGCUGUGAUCCAAUGCUGGCGAGAAAUCCCGGUUGAAACUCUUACCAACCUAGUGACCAGCAUGCCCAGACGUGUACGCGCAUUGUGCAAUGCUAGAGGCGGUCACACAAAGUACUGACUGUAUUGUUGUUAUCGUCUUGUUAUGUUUGAUGUUGCUUUCAAAGAUGGUCCACGUAUUUUGUGGCAAUUUAAAAUUACAGCCGUUUAUUUAUUAAAUACCGACUCAUGAUUUUAUGCGUUAUUUCUAUGGCUUUUUGUGAAUCAUGAGGUGUCCGCCCUACAAUUUUUUGAGAAACAAAAUAGUUUGAUGUGAAUUUCAAAAACAUAUCACAGAGACCAGGGAACAUUAAAAAGUCUGAAUAAUUCUCCAGAAAGCAGCAGACCGCGUUAAACACGAGGCUGGGGUUGAAUUGACAAAUAUUCCAAACUUUUUUCCAACACUGUACAUUUAAAUAACCACGGUGACGCCCACCAAGUUGCACCUCUUUAACGAUGGAACAGGCAGGAAUCAAGUCAGUUCCCCCGAGAGUUACAAAGCUGUGUGCCGCACAAGCUAAUCAAAUAAAGAAUAUGAUGAUACACAGUCACAGGGCUGCCAGGUUUCAGGAAAUGACAAGAGACUGUCGCGUUCUGAUGCGCCGACCUGUGCGCGAAAAAAUUUAAACAUGAGGCCUUUUCAACAUCGAUUUGUAGCUUAAAAUAUCAGAUUUGUCCUACGUCGUCAUCAAACUAGUAAAAAUAUCUAAAAAGUGAACUCAUUUACAAUAACUUAGUAUGAUCAAAAUUGGGAAGUCGAGGAGUUUAAAUGUUGUGUGUGAAAGAUAGUUAGAGACGCCAAGACCCGCCUUACAUUCAUUCUGAUUGGUUUGUAUUGUGUGAUGCCUUUUGUGGUUGGUUUGAUUUAGGCAUAAAGGACUGAUGGAGUGGUCUAGGAUUGGUUGUCUUGGUCAGUCAAUCAGAGUUACUCAAACUAAGUUUAUCAUCAUGAAAUAAAUAAACUUUAUUCUGUUUUAGUUUCCGACGUGUUUUUAAAUGAGGUGAAAAUAAAUCAACAAUGACGUCUCCCUUCACUUUUCCUGCGUCCUGUUAAAAUCACGGAUGUCGUCUCAGUGGCAUCACCCGUUGGCUUCAGAAGAGGCGUUUCAUGCCAAUCCAUGUUGGUCACCAUGUUCAGAAAUGCUGACCCGGCUCAUUUCUAGCCGAACUGGCCGCCUCUCGCUUCCGACCGCCUCAGUGGUGCAUCUCUGCCUUGUCUCUCCAUCAUCCUGCAUCACUCUGCUCCUCGCCGCUGUAGCUGGUUAGUGCGAGCUUUCAGCUGAAUAAGCAGAUUACUUGAAAGAGAGUCAGAAACGUGACGACACUUACAAUGGCCGCCACACUCUCCCUCCACAUGAAAACCACCUGAAACACACACGCUAACCCGCUGACUGACCUUCGGGCGCAAAAUUUCAAAUGGCGCCACAUCCCAGCUUUGAUUUUCCUCCCUAUGACCAAAGAUGGAUCCAAAAUCUGCUCCUGAAAACUGAACCGUCAUGGAGAGGAUGUAAAUCAGUGUCUCCGAGGUGAACGGUUUGAUCAAUGCGGCUCGUGUGGACUGUAAAAAACCCAACCUGCCUCAAAGAUCGGGUUAUCAGGAGAAAAGAAACGGCCGAGUGACAAUGGUGAAUAUUCAUAACGACAGCAGAGAGGUGACUGAAUAAUUGAUGAAUUAGGAAAUGAAAAUCCCACAUUAGCUGGUCAUAAAUAAAGCUUUGGGCACAGUUGCCGCCGUCUUUGCUCUGCAUGCUUAUUAACCUGACAAACAAGAAAGAUGCAGGGGCCGCUUUUCCAUUUGUGGGGUAAUGGAUGGCUGGCUGCUCCAAACAGUGAAGUAUGAGCCGUUUUUAGCUCCUGGACUAAGAUAAAAUACCUCUAAAUACAGGAAAACAGAGUCAGAGAUUAAAACUCAAGGCUGUUCUGAUCAUUUAUGGCACAGAGAUUAUGACUAUGUUUUUUCACCGCUGAGAAAAUGUCUGAACUUUUCUGAGGUGCAGUUUCAUUUCCAACCUUUAGUUCUGCUUUUCUGCUUCACUAUCAGAGGACUGUUGGUUCUCUGUUUGAUAAUAUCAGUGAUGAUCUGUUCUGACUUUAAACCUUAUUAAUGAGAGCAUCUAUGGAGUGGACUUUACAUGUUGAAUACAGGUGCAGCUCCAAAAUGAGAUUUAUGAAGUUUAUGAACCAUCAGGACAGACGUCACUUCUCUGCAGAUUCUCAGAGUUCAGCUUUCACUGUGAAUUUACAAGAAAACAAUCGAACAAUCAGAGCAGGAGCAGAAACAGGCGACACAGAUUCACAGGACGCAGCAGCUGGGGUCCUCUUCAUCCAAUCAGAAGCUUCACUCCUGCUUGAAUUGACCAAUCAGAGGCCUCACCUCCAUCUGAACAUAAUUAGAGCUGCACGACUUUGACCCAAAAUAAAAUCCAGAUUUUUUUCUCUGAAAACUAGAUUUUUGAUUUUUUAUUUAGUAACAACUUCAUCAAACUUCACUUUAAUAAAAAGUUUUUCUAUCAUCUCUCAAAACAAAACAACUGAAAACGAUGUAGUUCACAUGCCAAGCCAGUAAGUGGCGCUGUAACGCUGCACAGGAAAUGCACAAAAGACAGAAGAAGAGUACAGAGCAUGUGUAUAAAGGUUGUUUCGGCGCCAUAAAAGAGUUCCUCUGUGUGUCACAUGAUCGUUUCCAGAGAUGCAGAUAGACAUCCACACGGAGAUGAAAUGGUCGUCGUUUACAGAUUUAUUCACUCUCUGACCCGUUUUCAAAAAGUACCGUUUACAGUCACCUGAAACACCGAUACGAAAAAACGUUAGCGUUUCCUUCUGAAUUCGUUUCCAUGGUGACGGGUUGAUACCGCCUUCAGACAGACUUUACAGCGGGGAGUGGUUUACUCUUCAUCUGAAACUGUGAAGUCGUACCAAUUCAACACGACUGACUCGCUCUUGUCCUAUUUAACCACAAAAUUUUCACCUUCUUUUACAAACGCCAUGUUUGUUUACACUGGUGUGUGUGGGAACUGGGAAGGGGGAGGAGCCUACGGUGGCCUGGAAGUGCAAUACAUGAUAGAGAGGAAAAUCGUCAUAAUCAAUUAAUCCGAAUAGGGUUUAAAAUUGAUUAAUCGUGCAGCCCUAACACCUAAUCAGCGGACCUCAUGUUUCACUUAAAGGUUUGACGCAGAAACGCUCAGAGUUGAUCUCAGAGAUUCUUCUGCUGUCGUGUAAAAACAAACUAAUGUUAAAUGGCGCCUUAAUGACGAAGCAUCAGGAACAUGAAUAAAACAUCGUCUUCUCCUGGAAAAGCCUUGAUUGCUUUAAGUACUCUUAAUUCAAAAGCAGCAAAUGAUUCAUUUAGUGAAACUGUGUCCUAUAAUUAUUAAACAGGAAAUGGGUUUGUGACUGCGGGGCGUUCGCUGCUCUGCGGAGGUAUAAUCUGAAGUCAGACAGACAAAAGAGUGAAACACAAAUGAGGAAACCAGAUGAUUCAAAGCAGUCGAACCCUGAGUCUGUCUCUGAGGUUCUCACUGAGUCCAGAUCCAAUUAGAGAGGAGGAAGUCUCUGCCCAAACCUCUCCGCUCUUAUUCUCCUCCUGCGUCUUCUUUGGGCUUCUCUGUCCUGAAUAAUUCAUCGUCUCACUCACAUUCCCACAUACCGUUCGCACAUGCCCACAAGCGCACACUCAUGCUUUCACGCGCUCACACAUACACAGACAUACUCGACACGUUCAUAUGAGACUUCAUCACAGGACGACUUUCCAUUUAGCCGAUGAGUUCUGCUUCGUUUAUGGUCCAGUUUAUGCCGCCGUGGUGCUCUGACUGUGAUUUGUUUCAGCUUCUCAAAGAGCACAAGCAGGCGGAGCAGCCGCCUCUGCCUGAGAUGGUAUCAAUAAAUAAUGAAAAGUGAAUGUUUCGUUUUUUUAAACUCCUUUUUUGGUUUAAAAACAGAGUUAAUUCAAAGUCAUGUAGAUUAAAUCACACAGAAGACAAACUGAUCCGACAAAGCUGAGGUGUGGAGCUUUUCUUCUCAGAGGAGUGAAUAUUAAAGUCCAGAUUAAUCACAGAGUUUCCAAAGUUAGUCAGAUUAAUCCCGUUUUAAUUACUCAUUUAAAUUUCACGAGUAUCUUUUUAAAACAGUUAAAUCCAGAUUAACGAUGUAAAGCUGUCCUCGUCACCGUCAGGAACUCUAAUUCAGGAUUUUUCAUGUUCCCGUCUGCUGCUUCCUCCUUUAUUCAGUAAACCUCAGUUUGGCAGAUUGUCUGAUUCUCCCUCUGAUUCAUCAUCAGACAUAAUCACAACGUACCAGCCUGAAGACCCCCUCUGUGAGGACCUCUGUGAAGACCUCUGUCAGGUCCACUUUCUCCACAACAGAGGUUUUGCAGUUUCCCUUCAGUCUGAUCUCCUGCACCUGUAUGCUCAGCUCAAAGGUGGUCACUAUUUUGACCCUUUGUGUGAACCGUACUGUUUAACCUGUAACAGUCCACCUGAGGACGUUUGGUCGGCUCUCAUCUAAGUUACUUCUUAAAGGGAUAUUCCGGUGUAAAAUUAAUGUAGGGUCAGACACACCGUAACACCGAGUCAGACCCCCCCUCCAGAGAUGAAUGUUGUCGACCGCUUGCUUCUCUAGUUAUACCAACUUUAGUAACGACCUCUAUAGCCACAAAUAAUGCUCAGAACAGCACCUAACUUCAUCAACAGGACAUAUAGAGUCCCAGACAUAGUCCUAGACACCAAACAUCUUUUUAACUUUGACUCAUUUCUUUAGCAAAGAGACUAAACACAACUCACCUACUCUCUUCCAGCAGACGCUUGUUUGUAGAGAGACCCCAGGCCAGUCCAUUACAGACUACAGCGGGGUGCCGCAGCUCAAGGAAGAACAUUUAUGAUCAUUUCUUUAUCAUUUCCUUGAAGUAAUAAUCACCAUAUUAAUCAUUUUACAGACGUGGUAGUUCUUCUGUCUUAGCGUCUUGGUCUGAUUGUAUUUCCAUGAAGAAAUGAUCAUAAAUGUUCUUCCUUGAGCUGCGGCACCCCGCAGACAAUUUUUGUCUGGACUGUCGCUAAGGUUAAUGGUCGACCGCUAAAUCUUUGACAUGUUGAGGAACGGUGGUACAAACUAUCAGGCAGCUACAGGUGAAGAGAGGAGAGCAGGGAGAGGAGGAGGAGAAGGAGGAGGAAGGGUCAGCUGUGUUUGUCUGUGAGCGCCUGAAAAGCAGAGGGACAGAGUGAACAGACCAAGAGAGAGACUCAACUCAAUCAUCUUAAAAUCCUCAAAUCCUUCAAAUUUUAGGACUCGGCGUAAAAAUACUUUACUACAUGUUGGAAAUGUCAAAGAUGUGUUAUACUGUAUUAUCAGAGCCGGCUAACAGGUGUUUCAGGUCCUCCUCUCCGUCUUCACUGCUGUCUCAAAGUUUCCUCCUUCUGUCUUUCAGGGAGAAGAUGCCGUUCCACCAUGUGACGGCAGGUCUGCUCUAUAAGGGGAACUACCUGAGCCGCUCGCUGUCCGACAGUGACAGCGACGUGUUGGCCAGCAUCUCCACGGAGGAGCUCGACGGUAAGACCUCCUGCUGUGUCCUAAUGUCUGUUUACAUCCAUUUAGAAAAAUACAUAGAUUGUCAGUUUUGCUCGAAGGAAAUGGAGUAUUAGGAAGGUGUAAAAUUUUGCUGCAAUUCACAGUAAAAAUAUGCAAAUCUACCUCUUUAGAAAAAGUGUAAAUAAACAGUAAACAUCUUUUCAACGGGAUUUUCCUGUUAAGGUUUUUAAAUAACGGCUUUCUGCUGUUUUCAUAAAAACUGUAGCAAACUGUAAAUUUCAGGAACAGAAAUAAACCGUUAAUUUUACAGCAACUUCCUGUCAACCUUACUGGCAGUAUUUGACUGUUUUUUACCAGGUGGAGAUUUGGCUUCACUGCUGCCCACACCUUAAACUCUGAUUUACUUUUGUUGUUUCUGUUUCCUGAAUAUCAGACUUUCAAAAACUGUCUGAAUGAAGCUGUUUUUUGUUUUGUUUUUUUUUGGAACAUUUCAGUGAAAAAAACAUAAAUCUAUAAACAGUUUUCCAUAAAACACGAGCGUAUUUGCUUUUCGCUGUUUCCAGACAUCUUCAGUCUGUUCUGAGGAGUUAUUUUUUAGCGCCGGCUUCAUUGUGCAAAGAGGAUAAUGAAGAGUAAAAUUCUUGCGUUUGAAAUAUAGUGCUGCAUUCAGAUGAUUAAGAGUGGCUGCAGCUCACUUUAGUUCCACUUCAUGCCAGCCUGAGGAGGAUUCAGAUUCAGAGCCAGAACUGAGGAAGCCGAUACCUGAAGUCGAAAACAAACCUGCUGUCAUAGAACAGCAACAGAAAAGGGGAUGUAUAUGAAUGUUUUUGUGUGAAUUCUGCAGUAAAAUCAAGAGUAAACAAAGGUGUCGAGCCGGAGGAGCUCAGUCAUGUGACCUGAGGCGGAUCAGACGGUCACACUGUGGGAGUCUCUGCGUAAAAACGACUAUUUUAGGAAACACACUGCAGAUCCCCGAACAUGCAUGGAGAAAACACGCUCUGAGCACAGGAUGUACAAGAGGACAAAUACACGACAAACUUAGAGACGGGUUCAUUUUUAAGGCCGCUGCUCAUCAAACCCACCCGGUCAGUUUUACAGCGGCGCUCCGACAGACAAUCCACGGCAACAAAAGCAGCAACAGCCUCCUCCUCUUUGAAGACAACAAUGCUCAGUAAUGUGUUAUUCAUCACACAGCUUAUCUCAGCGAGAGCAUUCAGGUCUGCCUCUCUCUCUCUCUCUCUCUCUCUGCUGUAACUGAGGCCGUGUUUAUGAAGCCUUUGUUUUGCUGUCUGUCUGAGAGUAAUCACCUGAGCCCCUAAAACACAAACCUGAUCAAUUACAGUCCGCCUGAGUCAGCAGUCGAAGCCUCACGGCCGACCGACAAACACGACUCCUCCAGACCGCCGAAAUAUUAAUCCACAGACGCAACAUUAAGCUGCUGCGGGCAUGAAAAUUGCCCGGCGUGGUAAUAGCUGUCAGGAUGGAGUUUUAAUAUGCAUAGAGGUAUUGGCUGUAUAACAAUCCUUCCUCCUGUUUAAAGAGAGCGCGCUCUGGUCGGUGAAUAAGAAACAAAAAUAUAUUUGGAGGGUCAACAUGAGGUCAACUAAACACUGAGACUAUGAACCGCUUUAAUAUUUACCGUAGAUGACCUGUCAGGAGGAGAGGGAGCCUCGGGGUGGGCGUGCGGACGACCUUAAGUUCAGUCAGGACCGCGUUCCCCAAAGAGACAUUAAUGUUUGAUGGUUUGACUGUGGAGGCAGAGAGAGCAGCAGCAAAGACCCUGAGGGGAACAGUUAGGGCCGCACGAUUCACCGAUUUUAGACCGUAAACAAACAUGGCGUUUGUAAAAGAAGGUGAUAAUUUCGUGGUUAAAUAGGACAAGAGCGAGUCAGUCGUGUUGAAUUGGUAUGACUUCACAGUUUCAGAUGAAGAGUAAACCACUCCCCGCUGCAAAGUCUGUCUGAAGGCGGUAUCAACCCGUCACCAUGGAAACAAAUUCAGGAGGAAACGCUAAAGUUUUUUGUCGUAUCGGCGUUUCAUCCACACGGAAACGGCGUUUCAGGUGACUGUAAACGGUACUUUUUGAAAACGGGUCAGAGAGUGAAUAAAUCUGUAAACGACGACCAUUUCAUCUCCGUGUGGAUGUCUAUCUGCAUCUCUGGAAACGAUCACGUGACACAGAGUAACUCUGUUAUGGCGCCAAAACAACCUUUAUACACAUGCUCUGUACUCUUCUUCUGUCUUUGGUGCGUUUCCUGUGCAGCGAUAGAGAGAUGAUAGAGGAAAAAAAUCAGAAUUUUAUUUUUGGCUAAAAUCGUUCAGCCCUAGUAUCGAAUAUCAUGCAAACACAAGCGUCACGCUUUGAGCGUGGAAGUCACAAUUGACCCGUUCUCACACGCCACUCUUGACAUUUCUCACGCUUAUCUUUCCCCGUUCAAAACUCUGUAUUUAUUUUAUUAUAAUAAACUCGGCUCGUCGUAGUUCGAGUAACUCUGAUUGACUGACCGAGAUAACCAAUCCCAGACUGAUCCAUCAGUCCUUUCUGCCAAAAUCUAACCGACCACAGAAGACACCAUGAAAUAUAAACCAAUCAGAAGGAGCGUAAGGCGGGUCUUGGCGUCUCUAUCUUUCGCAGACAACAGCGCCAACAUUUAAAACCCACUCGAUGUAAUGUGAUAUUGACAAAUAAAUGCAUUUAGUCAAAAUUCAUGUUACGGUUUUCAUUUUUAAUUUCUGGUUAAUUAAGAUGAACAUCAUGGAGAACAGCUGACAUGGAGGUGAGGACGUCAGUCUGAAGGUAGAAAUCAACGUUAAAAAAAUGUAACCGCUGAGCAAACUCAACAUGACACUGAAGUCUCACUCUUGUCACUUUGUGAAACUUGGCAGCCCUACAAACAUCAUGAGGAGAACAGAUGAGGUCCUCCUCUAAAGUUGAUUAUAAGUGUAAGUCGGGCUGGUCCAGAGACUCACUGACUGACGUCGAUCAAACAUGAUGUUUGUUUUUACAGAGCAGCUCUUCAGGGUUUCAUCAGCAGGGCUCAGUGAGGGAACCUUCAUGUUUGAGUGAAACCACAGAGCCGCACAGACUCAGGAUGAAACUGGUUUUCAUAAAUAGAUUUUUAUGAUUUAUUAUCGGUGCUCACCGUCUGUAUGUUCAACAUGAAGCUGUGAAAGUAUGAGCCAAAAACCAGAGAUGUAAGACAUCACCGCCUUCAAAACGAAGGCUGAUGACCACCACGGCGACUUUAACGGCAGCUUUUCUCGGUUGAUGGCGGUAACAUUCGUCAUCAUUACCUGGAAGCAGACAAUCCGAACAAUCCAAGGGCACCGAGGUUUCUUUAAUCGGACAUCAUUUACCUGUCUUUUGUCUUUUUGAAGCUCCUGCGUCUCCUGUCCUCAUCCUCCUCUCCAUUUUCAUCCACCGCUCCUGCUUCUCAUGAUUUAAAGAAGCCAUUUUUCUCCGUUUGUCCGGCGCCAUUAAAGAGCUUACAGCAGCUGGACGGUCUUUUACCCGGCCGGGGGUGUGGACUCUCACUCAGCUGAAGUGUCUUUUUUGUAAAUGUCUCAUCUCUCAGAAGGAGCUGCAGCUGCGUGUCAGGAUUAUAAAGACGAACGGCCUCGAGUUACCGUAAAGAUAAAGACUCAACAAUUACAUGAGUCAGUCAUUCAGAGGGAGACGGCUAUUUUCAUCCCAGGACUGGCUUUUUUCUCCAGCCUCUGCAGAGCUAAAUGGUCCCCCUGUUUUUUUUUUUUUUUUCAUAUGAAAUUAUAGUCCAGGUAGAAAGAUUGACGCCUCCUCUGGAUCAGCUCGGCUUGAGCCGCUAAGGCAACAAUAAAAGGUAAACAGGGUCUAUUUUCUGAUCCUGGAGCUGCUGAUAAGGGUGAAUAUGUUAUUACACUGAAGCGUCUGUCAAACACACUGAAACCAGAGUCUUCAAAAUGUCACCUGAAGGAUCGGAGAGAUGAGGAGUCUUUAGUGUCCAAGAAAUCCACUGACAUUCACUUUGAUGCUUUUUAUCAUCUUCAAAACCAAACCAGACCCUCACCGCCAGAGUGACGUGUUUCAUCUUCGCCGUCUGUCAUUGGUUCGUCUGAACUACAUUUGCUUCAUGAGAUGAGCGCACGCUUUCAGCCCCCUGAGAGCAAUUUGUCCACUUUUUUCGGAUGUUAAUUUCGGAGCACAUGCUUUUUGUCCGCCUCAUUAGCAUAUUUAUGUAAAUGGACCUCCAGUGUUGUUCAGGUGAGGUGUGGAGAAGAGAACAGCAGGAGUGUAUCUGCUCCUGACUGAAUGAAUGAAUGAAUGAGUGAAUGAGUGACUGUGAGUGUAAAUGAACGGUUUUAACACUCACCUUCAGAGGACAUUCAACAAAAGCAGGAAAGGAUCUGGAUCAGAGAGUCAAAGAGAGGAAGAUCACGCAGAGUUGGUCCUCAGAGAGCGUCACGCUGAGCUGCAGGCCGAGGUCAGUGACCUUUGGUUAUAGUGCAGCACUGAGGGAAAUGUACUUUAUUCGACUUUUAUGCGUUUCAAAUGUUAAUGACAUUUCCUCUGACCUCAGGCCGCCAUCAGUAGACAACCAGAAUGUAAGAUGGUUUUAGAUGAAGAGCGCUGGAGGACGUGGAUCUAUUUUUCAGAGUUUUAUAAAAAUGAACUUUUCCUCGGAGUAAUUUCCUGACCCUGGAUUUUUCACACUCUGAAAGUUGAUUUUUAAUGAGUUUCCGUCCAUUUCUGAGCCGACUGAGUCAUAUUCAGCAGAGUGGAGUAGCAUUGAUUUCACAGAAUUAGAUCGACAUCCACUGAGGUAGUCAAGGCUUAUUUUCCAUCUGACUUAACAGUGAAGAAGAAUAGAAGAAGUCCUGCAGACGGACUUUCCUGCAUCAACUGAAAAAGACGUUUUUAUUAAAGCUUUAGUUUAGGGGGCAGCCGGAGGAAUCCCCUGAGUCGACUCUCAGGCUCGUCUGAGCUAAGCUAGCUGAGCUGGAGCAGACGUCAGUGAGUCUGCGGGAAGUUUGUGUCUGUUCAGAGGAGGAGGAGGAGGAGGAGGAGGAGGAGGAGGAGCAGCAGGGAGGUGGUGUUCGGAAACUUCUGUCUGACUCUGUGGGUGUAGAGGAAGUAUCUCCUGACUAUGAAGAUUUGUGCUUCUGCUUUUUGGACUCCCACUGGAUCAGCAGGUAUCUCAGAGGCUUUUCUCCUUCCUGCUGCUGGAGCAGAGGUGGAGGGAUGCAGAACCACGACCAGCUGUCCUGAAUCUGUGAUUUUUAGCAGCAGGAGGAACUUGGACCUUGAGAGGAACUGUGUGUGUUUUGACCCCAGGAACCAGGGUCUAAGUUAAGUUCUGGGGGAACUGGGGGGUGUAGUACUUUUGCAUAGACUGUAUAGAGCAGUGGUUCUCAACUGGUGGGACCCGACCCAAAAGUGGGUCACGGACACGUUCUGGAUGGGUCGCAAACAGCUGAAUAUUUUUAUUUUGAAAACUAUCUUAAUUUGAAAGGCACGUGUUAUGUCGUAGUCCUCCUCCGUUUCUUUAAUAAUUUGGCCUGAAUGCAGUAAAAUUACAUGUUUUUUUAUGGUCUUAAUUUUGUGCAGUUUGAUAUUUAUUCACUUUUGUCCUCUUCAGGUUUUUCUGAAUUUGCUCUGAAUGAAAAUCAGUCAAAUUUGUCAUUUUUCUCCAUUUUGUGAAAUUUCCAACUUCAGUAGUUGUCGUCCUCAGUUCAUCUUCUCUGAAAUCCACUUUACUCAAUAAAAUAAGUGUAAAUAUGACAAACAUCAGAGUCUUUAAAUGUUUUAUUUUUAUAAAAACUAAAUUUUCUUGGUUCAAAUUUUAUUAAAGUGGAUCACAAGUUAAGGACCAUUGGAAAUUAUGGGUCCCAGAGUGAGACCAGCUGAGAACCUCUGAUCUUAAGUGUACAUCGAUGGUCUUCAGUGUCUCUUUAGGAGUUUGUGGAGCUGUCCGCGGUGCUGAAUCCCUUUGGGACGCCUAAAUGAGUUCAAUAUGAACAAAUGUGUUCCUCAGAUCCUCUCCUAACCAGAAUAUGGACGGACUGUUCUCUGUCUGAGCUGGUCCUGCAUCGCUUCUCCUCUUAAACUUCUGCUGCUGUAAUUUCUGCUGAAAUAUGAAAGUUCACUCAGGGACAGAGAACCUGCAGCACCAGCACAAAAACCCUCAUGGUGUGUUGAAACUGGACUUCCUGCAGUCCGCUUUAUUUUCUGCAGUUUUGUCAGAAGAUGUUUCGUCAUGAUCUCGUCCAUCAGUGGGAAUAUUCUGAAGUUAAAAAUCUCCUGAGUCCUGAUUGGUGUGCAGCGUUUGCAUGAACUCGUCUUAUUUGAGUGUUUAGACCCAGUCCCUCUGUUCUGUCACAACAAGCUGCAGACACAAUAUAAACUCCAGCGGGGCCUGAGUCACCCAUGGAUUAAUUUCUGACACGCUCAUGUUCAUGCAGAGGAAAUAAUCUGCAUGCCUUUGAAGUGUGUUAUAGCUCUCCUUUGUGUGUGUGUGUGUGUGUGUGUGUGUGUGUGUGUGUGUGAGUGUGCGCGCUCAUUUAAAAACACACCGGCAUUAAAACAGGGUUUGGCAGAGUUACAAACAGUGAUGCUGGUUUGUUUGUGAAGGAGCAGCUGUUUUUGGAGGCAGACUGCUGCUGUUUGGAUUCAGGUCAGAGACUCUGUCCUCUUUUUAUCUAAACUGAAGACACUCGACUCCGUCAAAACAAAUUUAUGAGGCGCUUCAUAAUUUACGCUUCAUUUAGGUUUUGUUGUUCCAAAUCAUUUGCUGGCAGACUGCUCCUCUCCUCCGUGACAGCCGUGCAGACGAUAAUGAGCUGAUUGAUGAACUCGUUUCUUAACGGCUGGUUCUCACUCCACUUUGACAGGGACUCGGUUCCAUCAGUGAAAUAAUGCCGAGUCUUUGUCCCCCUCAAACAGUCGAUGAGGACUCAUUCCCACAUGGUUUGGAUCGAUGACUCCUCCUUUUGUUCCGUAAUGAUCUGAUUUGGUUCAGUCUAACCUUGUGCUGAGUUGUUAUGAGACGACUCUGAGGUAUUGAAUUUUUGGAUCUUGUGUAUGAAAUAACCGAAUAAUUGAAUUUUUGAUGCUUCAUGAUCCAAAACUUGCAGAAAGACGUCUUCACGUCUCUCUGAAGGUUAAUAUUGUGCUUCUGCAGCUCCUGGGGAGGACGGGGUUAAACCAUCUCCUCCUCUUAUUCAGCUCUCAGUGAGUUCAUGCAUGUCAGGAGGUCCUUCAGAGGAGUGGUUGUAAAGGCGCCACAUGCCCGUCAGUCUCUCGUCCUGAGACACGCAGGAGUGGCGCCCCCUCACUGUUUACACUGACGACUGGUUCACAUGUGGAUCAGCCGACAAACCAGCUGCUGACUCAGCUGUGGACGAGUCUGUUCAGUCUGAGCUGAAGUCUAAAACAGUGACGUGGAUUUCUGAUGUUAGGGUGACAAAUCCUUCGGUCUUCUCACGCUCUUAGAAAACGUCCUUCAUGACCUUAAAACUUCAUCAGGAUUCAGAUCGAGGUCUGACUCUUUAACCCUGUUUGAUCAUGAUCGCUGCAGCCUCUCAGGCCCAAUCCCAAACCGCCCCCUACACACUCCCCCCACACACUCACCCUCUGUUUGCGCGUCCAUGCAGAGGUGCCGCCAUAUUGAAGGCCGUCCCAAACCACCGAGUGUGGAGGGCGAGUGGACCGUUCAGCCCUCAAACAGUGAACCUGCACAGGUGCAGACUUAUGGCGGGAUUUACAGGAAGUGCGCCGGCGAAAAUGGAGGAGGAGGAAACAACAAACAAAUAUGAGUUCCACAUCUGUCCACCUUUGUCUCACUGACGAAAGAAUCACAAAAUACUUUGUUUGGAAAGAUCGAACAAAACUCCGAUAUCUUCCUCUGUGCCGAUGUUUGAUCUGAUUGGUCAGGCACAUGUCAGAUAGUAAAGGGGUUUAGAGACGAGUGGAAUCACUAACAAUCAGAACUUUAAUUUAGUUCCUGUCACGACGAAAAAACGAGGCAGACUGUGCGGCUCAGAACUGAACAUGAUGCCUGUUUUCUUAGGAAAGAAACACUGCCAUGCACAGGACGUGUCUUUAUGUUGCUAUGGCGAUGAAUCUUUCCGUUUUCCGGUGGAGUGAGGACGGCGUCCCAUACCCGCCCGUCUUGUUUAUCUCCUCCCAUUUCAGUUGAGGCGCUCUCCACAGCUGCGAGUGUAACUUCACUACGAGUGUGAAGGGCGAGUGUGUAGGAGCCUCUCUCUCUUAACGCUCAUUCUGUCCCUCUGCUUUUCAGACACACACCUGCCUCCUGCUGGUUACUGUCAGUACUGCUGUAUUGACAAACUCCCACAGGUCUUAGUGCUCAUCAGUUUUUAGUCUUUUCAUGCUGCAGCGUUUCUCACUCACUCUUUUUUGUUUUGAUAUCCUAGUUGAUCUAGUUAGUCUCAGAUCUUGUUUUUAGUUUUAUCUAAAACUGCCUGUUUUAGCAGAAUUUAGCAAUUCCUCAAAACUUCAAUAUAAAAAUGAAUCAAAUGAAAUCCCUGCAGCAAAACCCUCCUCUGAAACCUCGUUACUGACGUUUAUUAAACACUUUAGAUGACAUGAGAAAACACACAGAGUCUGAGUGAAGACAGAAAACCUUCUCUCUGCGGUUCAGCUUCGAUCCACUCAUGGAAGAUUUCAUGAAUGUGGGCAACAGACAAGUGAGAAGAGCUGAAACCACAGAGGAGUUUUCCAUUUCUCUCUUCGGUCACAAACUUUGUGGUUUCAUGGAGCGGAGGUGUGACUGCCGUUUAUAUCAGACCCUCAGAGACAGAGGUCUGUCAGCUCUGGAGGUUUUACGGUCCUUUCUAAAUGAGUGAGUCCUCCUCCAGCCUGUCAUAAUGAGACUUUACAGAAUGAACUGAGAGCAGGAUCUGCUCCCGGCUCCUCGAAAUAAAACAAAUCUGUCGUUAAAGAUGAAACCUCCAGCAGAACCGUAUGGUGCUGAAACAAGCUGCCGUUAAAUCUCCUUUAUGAUGACUAAACUGUGGGAGCAGACGUGAUGCACCUGUUCAAUGUGCUGAGCAUCAGUCUUAUAGAGUAAACAGAGCGAUUUUACUAUGACUCCAGGAGGAGAAACAUGAGGAGCUUUAUUUUCUGAAUAAAUGAUAAACUCGUAAAAAACUCUGAUUAUUCCUUAAAUACAAAGAAGAAGAAAAUAAAGACCAGUGAGCCGAGGAGGAAGAGGAGACAGCGGCCCUGACAGCAGGUGAAGACAAUGAAUCGAUGGGCGGGUUUGAUCUUGUUAACUCGAGGCGGUGGGGCGAGACCAAUUGGCGAACACACAAAGGCUGAAGCUGGGUCAGAUAGGGGGAGAGAGAGAGAGAGAGAGAGAGGGAGAGAGAGAGAGAAAUGAUGAGGAGGAGGGACGGGUUAAAUGUCCACCGACUCUCUUAAAUCAAAGUUGUGCUCAGAGCUGUGAGAGGAAGUCCAGAAAGGUGCAGAAAUAAUGACGGGGAUAUUUGGCAGACUUAAAAAAGGAGAGAGAGAGAGAGAGAGAGUUGGUUAUAUGUGGAUCAUGUAAGUGCAGGGCGAUCAAAAACAUCAGUAAGACAGACUCACUCGACACGAGUGUGUGUUGGCUGCUGUUGAUGGAGGCUGAAUCUGUCCUCCUGUUUGUCUCCGCAGAAAUCCGGGAGGCCUUCAAGGUCCUGGACCGGGAUGGAAACGGGUUCAUCUCCAAACAGGAGCUGGGCAUGGCCAUGCGCUCUCUGGGUUACAUGCCCAGUGAGGUGGAGCUGGCCAUCAUCAUGCAGAGACUAGACAUGGAUGGUGAGUCACACACACACACACACACACUCAGGUGUAAACAUGUUCUGUGUGUGAUACAGAUCUUCUCUCUAACAUCUCGUCAUGGAAAAACGUUUUUCCUCCUCAUAAAAACGUAAACACGGAGCGGUCGACUGCAGCAGAGAUGGACCUGAACCUCCUCUCUCCUUCACACGUUCCUCUGUGUGAAACAUUUAUAUCCUUUCAUGGCCCAGAGUGACACACGAAGAGUCUCUACGGGACGGAUGACAGUAUUCAGAGCGAAACUCGUUCUCAGGAGAGGACAAAUUGAAAAAAAGAAAAUAUGAGAUUGAUAAAAAAAGAAGGAACAGGUUUCAGGGGAACGGUAACGUGAACGUGUGUUUCCAUAAUGGGCGUCAAAAUAGGUGGAAGCUGUGUCAGAGUGUUGCAGCACCCGCUCAGUCCUCAGAGAAAUGCAUGAAAACCUGCAUCCGUCUUUGGUCCCUGCUGUCAAACCUGAAGGAUCUGAGUCAGCGGAGGUUUAUUUCUGAUGCAUCAUCCUCGCCUGUGACCUUAAAGCGUUUGUCCUUAAGAGAAAAGAAACCAGCGUGCUCGCUCCUUCUCUUGCAGAGAGCAUUUAUGCAGAGUUGGUGUUCAGGCAGUAACUGUAAUUGACAUUUUUAGAGGGAAAAUGCUGAAAAUUGUAUAAGGCAGGGAUUGGAAAAUGCAAUAUGCAAAUGUCAAAUCAGAGGGACUAAAAUUCAGAUUCCUCAUGCAGCUUUCUCCGGCUUUGAUAAGAGCUUUUCAGCCCCACUGUGGAGAGAGAAACACUGUUUAUGUUCAAGGCUGAAUAUGAAAGUUAAAGAAGACAGUCCGCUUGAUUUCUCUCCUCUGACUCAUCUGCUUCACAAUCUCAGGAGAGCGUCGCUGCUUUGUGCCUCAGGGGUGGAUCCUGUUGCAUUGUCUGCUGCCACUUGAAGAAGCAGGCGAGGCUGAUGAAGGUCACUGCAGCUGUUGUCUCAGAAAGUCUGCAGAAACUCUUCAGCUCUUUACUUAUUUAUUCUCCGUCUGCCUCUGCGUGCCGGAUCCACGUUUGUUGGUCUUGUUGUUGUUUGGAAAACCUCUCUCCCGUAAAAUGACCCGCUGGACUUUUUUAUUUUUGAUUCAUGUCAUUAACAAAAUGCAGAGGAUUUACUCGGUUUAGACUUGAUUCAGUCUGAAGACUGGCUGGGAUUCAGUCGGAGAGUUUGGCGCCUUCACAAACACAGAGAGCUGUUUCUUUGUCUUUGUUCACGAGCCAAACGUCUCCUCACGCAGAUCUGAUCCAGAGAGAAUAAAAACCACAAUAUCAACACAGGAUACUCCCAUCUUUGUCGUUAUUAAUGAGUAGUUAAUAAGCAAUUUAUAAGAGCUUUUAUGAGCUUAUAUAUAUUCACAUUUGAGGCUGUAAUAUUAUGUGAUAUAUCAUCUGAUCAGAGCUCUAAACUGUUUGAUAAGCUAUAAUUAAUUGUGAAUUAGGCUUUUUUACACCAGUAUUAACAGAUGUUGUUUAUUAGCAUCUUUUCAGCUCUAAUUAAAUCUUAAUAAUUUAUUGAUUCAUGUUUUUACAAGGACUUUAAAAUUAAGUUUUAACUCCUAAAGGCAGAAGGAGGCAGAAAUACAAAGUUUGUGUUCAAAGUAGAUCAUAAUAUUUAUAAUAAUUCACCUUUUCAGCAGUUUAGAAGUUUCCUAUCAGUCGUAUUUAAAGAAGUUCAACCUUGUUUUCUGGAUUUUAUUUACUGAAAAACUUGCUGAUAAGUUAUAGAUGUGUGACGGGCCUGAAAAUGUUGUCUCGCUCUUUUUAAAAGUUCAGUCACAUCCAGUCGUGAGCCGAGAGGAUUUAGCUGUCAUCAGACAUAAAUAUUGUACAACACAGUCUCUAAAAUAUAGGUUUGAAAAGUUAAGAGCCCAACAGUGAUGUGAAGACUCUUAGCCCAAACAUAAACCUGACAAACUCUGCCAGAACAAAACCAACAAAACCUUCAGAGAUGAACCCACUGAAUAUGGAUGAAAAUUAAAACGACGUUUUCAAUGAAUUAAUACUCUGCAGAAAAAUUCAGAUUUCACUUUCCUUUCUCAUUAAGACUCCUCCUCACAGGGCCUUUAUUGUCUUUUGUGAUGAACCCACCAAAAUAAAAGUACCUCUUCAAAUUCAGAAUCCAUCUCUGAUUCAUGAAUUCCUGCCCGCCUCAGUCCACAUGGAAACAGGCCGUUCAGACCGGAUCCAGCGCACACUGAUUAUAAAAAGUGUCAGAGUAGACGGUGAGAUCAGGUCUUCACCAUGUUCUGUCAAACUGGCAGACCGAAGUGUGAAAAUCCAGCCUGUUGUUUUUUAGUCGUGAUAUCCAGAAACAAUCUUUUCAUACAAAUGUUGACAGAGAGCCGUCGAUCACGCCGCACAGAAGAGAGGAGCAGAAUUCAAAUGAAUGCUAAUGAUUAUGUCUCAGCCAAGUGGGCAGCCGUGAAGAUUGGCUCCUCUGUCAGGCAUCGAUCCAGAGUCCAGCAGCCAAGUCCACCUGAUACCCACAAGAUAGUGACAGGUUCUCUGCUCAGCUGGGCUCUGCCAACAUAGAUAGAUAUAUAUAUAUAAACGAUAGAUGUCUUACACACACUGUUAGCCAAUGGAGACCAACGUCUGCGCAUGGCGGCCAUUUUGCUACAGGACGCUCGCCCACUCAUAACAUUCCAGUCAUGUAGCAUUUAAAUAACCGUAGAUAGAUUAAUUUUAAACUGAGAUAUUAUUUUAUAAAAAUAAUUUUGAAUAUAAUUUAAACCAUGGAUUUUCAUAAAUAAACAUUAAGCAGGUAGGCAGAGCAACAGCUAUAGGCCUACACACAUAAGGCAGUAAUUUAAAUCAUUUAUAUAUAAAACAUUUAAUCAUUCCAUGUAUGUUAUAUUAGUAAUACUUUAAUUAUAGGAAUAACGAUAACAUAUAGCAAUAGCAUACAUUUAUCUCUCAAGAUAGACAGAAGAUAAACAAUAGAACAUCCACAAAGACCGUCACUUAGACUAAAUAAAUAAACCAAUAAAUAAACAGGCUGUCAUACAAGAAAUUAAAAUCUCGAUUGUGGUCUCUGCCUUGACAACUCGCCCAAAGCGACUCAAAGUUAGCCCCUGCGCGCAAAUAGCUAUUAAACAUCUGUGCCGCGCAAUGAAGUCUUUUUAUUUCCUCAAAGUAAAUCUGCCGUUUUAAUAUGUCCAAGAAUCACAACUCACAGCCACGUUUUUAAGGUCUGUAAGAAACUAAACCAUUUAUAAAUCUGUCAAGAUUUCAGCGAGUUAAGAGGAUUUUUGAUCAUGUAGAUUACUAACCUCCUCAGCUACCAUAGAGAGAAUCAGAAUGGUAUACUGGAGUAAGAUGGCUGACGUGUAGGGACGCCAGUGACCCCACCUCGAGUCAUCUAGCCUUUCUUUUAUGUAUCUAUGUCUGCCAAUCCUUGAGACUGUCAUUGAGCUCUGAAUGUCCCUCCUAAGGAGGUGUGACUGCACCUCUUUAUUCCAGAUCACAGAACUGCACCGCUCUCUCAACGGAAUCAAAGUCAAAGAUCAAAGAGAGAUCAAGGACAUAAAGAAUGCCUCCUUUAUGUCCUUGAUCCUCCUUUGAUCUUUGUCCUUGAUCCUUCCAUUCUUUAUGUCCUUGAUCCUUCCAUUCUUUUGCGUCUUUGAUCCCUACAUUCUAUAACGUCCUUGAUCCCUCCUUUCUUUAUGUCCUUGAUCCCUCCUUUCUUUAUGUCCUUGAUCUUUUUUCUAACCGACUUUAACUUCCUGUUCAGAUCUUUAAGUUCAGAUCUUUACAUGAACAGAAACUCCCACAGAGACGUUUCCUGCUGUCUUUGUUUUUUUUACUAUAGGCAGCAGGAUUUCUCAUCCGCCUUUAAUAAUUCAUGUUUCUGUUUCGAGACGGGAGGCUUGCUGUGACAUAACACAGGAAGAGACCGGCGAGGCACAGGUGGCGUGGACUCUGACAGACACAAAGUGACGCGCUGACUCGGUGCAGAAAGUUGAGCUGUCACAAUCUGCAGAUACAUCAGCAUCAGAGCCGGCAUGCAACUGGGAGGAGUUAAAGAAGCGAGCAGGGUUUUUAAGGUGAAGCUAUAAAAAGACACGCUGUAGAGACGGGGACAACAAAAACAGAGAGGGAGAGACGGUUCCAUCAACGGAUUUUCAUUUUUACGGUGAUUUAUGAAACUCGUCGUGUGGGUUAGAUGACCCGAAUGAGUCUGUGAUGGAAAACUUGAACAAAAAACAGUCGAUGAAGAAAAAAAUCCUCUUUUAGUAGUUUGAUCAGGAAAACAAACUUGUUGGGGACAAAAAUAAGAGGAUUGUUACUGCAUCACAUGACGUUUUUGUGUCACGGUGAGAGGUUGGUAACAGAAAAAGGACCUGAAAGGCAGGACAACAAAAAACUUACUUUAAAUGUCCAACUCAACAAUCCAAGAAACGCAAAUCCAACGAACCGAGAAACCACAGGGAGACACUGGAGACAACAAACACACACAUUCAAUGAACCAACAAAGAAACAGGGGAAGACGAGGACUUUAAAUACACAAGGAAACGAGCAACGAGAGACACUGAGACACAGGUGAGGACAAUCACAGAGGAGGGAAAACUGAGGAAGUAAAACAAGACGAGAAACACAGGGAAUAAACUUCAACAAAAUAAAACAGGAAACACUAAAAACUGACAAUAGAGGAUAAAACACUGAGAACAAGAGGAAACUAACAAGACAGGACUAAAGUGGAACAGAAACACGAGGAAAAAUCACAAUGAAAAAACACUCAAAAGACCAAAACGAGGGGGAAACUAGUCAGGAUAUGUUGCCUUUCAAAAUAAAAGCCCCAUAAUUGAACAUAAUCAAUGUAGCUCAGUUCUAGUUUUCAUCCUCAGAGAUGAACUCAGCACAGCAGGCCUGAGGUAUCCAAAGAGUCUUCAAAUCCAGUUAUCUACUGUCGACCACAGAAGCAGGAUUUCUGUCCAGCUCUGCUCCGUCUCUCUGAACCCUCACAGAAGUCUCAGAUCCACACACCUGUCUCUCACCGUGUCCAUGUGGUGUUAAGUGGGUUAUAUUCAGGGUUGUUUUUUCAGGAGGUCUUUACUCCAAACUGCUGCCUGCUGCUGGAAUCAGAGCUGAUGAGGAAAUCUGGACUGAACCAUGCAGAAAAUUACCUCUUUUCCACCACGAUCGGCACGUGCACGCCCUUGGUUGAGCUUUAAAUAACUCACUCGCUUUACUCGCCUGUUCUCAGGGCUUAAACUGUCCCUCAUGCUGUUUUACCUCGGACCUGUUAGCACCAACCACCUUCAUCUCCCCCACCAACCGUCCGUCCAGCUGUCCUGGCAUCCUCUGAUCUCAAUGGAGCUCCAUCUGUCCUGGAGCAAUGCCUCUGCCCUGCUGAAUAUGCAUGGACACCGGUGCUGUCGGAGGUAUGAACCGUUACAGCGGCAGCAGAGAGGGGCCGUGAGCGAUGAGGCAGCUUGUGUGGUCCUGCAUCGCCGAAUUCAAACGUGUUUUUACUCAUUUCAUUUUCACAAUUGCCUCAUUCUUUAACGAACAGCACGAGCGGUCGGAGCCGGUUUGAUUCAUCCAGACUCAGAGUCUCUAAAACCAGACCGACUCUGCAGGGGAGACCAGGAGAUCUCAUGAGGCUUCAGAAAACUUCCAUCCCCAGAAGAGAAGAUUCAGUGAACGGCCCCGCUCUGCAGAGUUUGGAUGAUUUGUUCUGGCAGCAGCUUCAACAACGAUCAGCAGGCUCUGGGAUCAGGAGUGUUGGACUCCAGCAGCAGGAAGUCCAUGUUGUGAGUCACUCAGCUGCUGUAAACUCUGAUCUGCUUCAUAUUCCGGAUUAUAGAGCCUGUCAGAGCUCAUUGUUUCAACUAUCUCUUGUGUCUGUAGUAAACUGAAGGGUGUGGGUGUGAAGCAUGCUGGUAUUUCACCAGAACAACAAAGACAUAAACAGCAUCCGCAUUUCCCUUUCAGCCCAAACAGCAGGUCUAAUAACCCACAGAGAAAAUCGGAGAAACCUUUCCAACCCCCCCGGCUUCGAUCCUGUCUGUGUUGUCCACCUGUUUAAUCCUGAAAAGUUCAUUGUUCUGUCCCCCUCUCCUCUCCUCUCCUCUCCUCUCCUCUCCUCUCCUCUCCUCUCCUCUCGUCUCCUCUCCUCUCCUCUCCCCUCCCCUCCUCUCCUCUCCUCUCCUCUCCUCUCGUCUCCUCCCCUGUUGUCUCCUCUCCUCUCCUCUCCUCUCCUCUCCUCCCCUCUCCCCUCCUCUCGUCUCCUCUCGUCUCCUCUCGUCUCCUCUCCUCUCGUCUCCUCUCGUCUCCUCUCGUCUCUCCUCCUCUCCUCUCCUCUCCCCUCCUCUCCUCUCCUCUCCUCUCCUCUCGUCUCCUCUCGUCUCCUCUCCUCUCCUCUCCUCUCCCCUCCUCUCCUCUCCUCUCCUCUCCUCUCCUCUCGUCUCGUCUCGUCUCCUCUCCUCUCCUCUCGUCUCCUCUCCUCUCGUCUCCUCCCCUGUCGUCUCCUCUCCUCUCCUCUCCUCUCCUCUCCUCUCGUCUCCUCUCGUCUCCCCUCCUCUCCUCUCCUCUCCUCUCCCCUCCUCUCCUCUCCUCUCGUCUCCUCUUGUCUCCUCUCGUCUCCUCUCGUCUCCCCUCCUCUCCUCUCCUCUCCCCUCCUCUCCUCUCCUCUCCUCUCCUCUCCUCUCCUCUCCCCUCCUCUCCUCUCCUCUCCUCUCGCUCGUCUCUCUCCUCUCUCUCUCUUCUCUCCUCUCUCUCUCUCCUCUCCCUCUCCUCUCCUCUCCCUCUCCUCUCCUCUCCUCUCCUCUCCUCUCCUCUCCUCUCCUCUCCUCUCCUCCUCUCCUCUCCUCUCUCUCUCCUCUCCUCUCCUCUCUCUCCUCUCCUCUCCUCUCCUCUCUCCUCUCCUCUCUCUCCUCUCCUCUCCUCUCCUCUCGUCUCUCUCCUCUCUCUCUCUCCUCUCCUCUCUCUCGUCUCCUCUCUCCUCUCCUCUCCUCUCCUCUCCUCUCGUCUCCUCUCCUCUCCUCUCCUCUCCUCUCCUCUCUCUCCUCCCCUCUCUCCUCUCUCUCCUCUCUCUCCUCUCCUCUCCUCUCGUCUCCUCUCCUCUCCUCUCUCUUCUCUCUCUCGCUCUCCUCUCCUCUCCUCUCUCUCGUCUCUCUCCUCUCCUCUCUCUCUCCUCUCUCUCCUCUCCUCUCCUCUCCUCUCCUCUCCUCUCCUCUCCCUCCCCUCUCCUCUCCUCUCCUCUCCUCUCCUCCUCUCCCUCUCCUCUCUCUCUCCUCUCCUCUCCUCUCCCUCUCCUCUCCUCUCCUCUCCUCUCUCUCCUCUCUCUCCUCUCCUCUCCUCUCCUCUCCUCUCCUCUCCUCUCCUCUCCUCUCCUCUCGUCUCCUCUCCUCUCCUCUCCUCUCCUCUCCUCUCCUCUCCUCUCCUCUCCUCUCCUCUCGUCUCCUCUCCUCUCCUCUCCUCCCCUCUCCUCUCCUCUCCUCUCCUCUCCUCUCCCUCUCCUCUCCUCUCCUCUCCUCUCCUCUCGUCUCCUCCCCUCUCCUCUCCUCUCCUCUCCUCUCCCCUCCCCUCCUCUCCCCUCCUCUCCCCUCCUCUCCUCUCCUCUCGUCUCCUCUCCUCUCCUCUUCUCUUCUCUCGUCUCUCGUCUCCUCUACUCUCCUCUCCUCUCCUCUCCUCUCCUCUCCUCUCCUCCCCUCUCGUCUCCUCUCCUCUCCUCUCCUCUCCUCUCGUCUCCUCUCCUCUCCUCUCCUCUCCUCUCCUCUCCUCUCCUCUCCUCUCCUCUCGUCUCCUCUCCUCUCGUCUCCUCUCCUCUCCUCUCCUCUCCUCUCCUCUCCUCUCCUCUCCCGUCUAGUCUCCUCUCCUCUCCUCUCCUCCCCUCCCCUCUCCUCUCCUCUCCUCUCCUCUCCUCUCCUCUCCUCUCCUCUCCUCUCCUCUCCUCUCCUCUCCUCUCCUCUCCUCUCCUCUCCUCUCCUCUCUGAUGCAGUCACACACAUUAAGCUGCAGGCUGUUAGCUGGAGCUGCAGACACCAAAAGCAUCAUUGUCAUUCUCGCUCACACUGAUCAUUUCCUCUGUGCCCGACCCAGGCUCAGAUCCAGACAAACAAAAAUGAGACAGAGGGGUCUUUGUGUUCGCAGCCGCUCACAGAAGAAAACCAUUUCAGAGAUAAUCAGCGAGACGCUGCUGUUACAAACGAUACAAGUGCCUGAAUAAUCCCAUUUCACUCCUUUGUCUUUUUGCACGGUUUCAGGUGACGGACAGGUCGAUUUCAACGAGUUCAUGACGAUCCUGGGGCCCAAACUGCUGUCGUCUGAAACCAGAGAGGGAUUCCUUGGCAGCACAAUAGAUACCAUCUUCUGGCAGGUAAAACUUCGUUCCCUCAAACUGACUUUGCUGAGUCAUAAGCUCUGAAGUGAACCGAGCAUAAAGAGGUCGAUGCUGCACGUCUGACUGGAAAAUCGUCACUUCAGAGGAGAACAAGAAACACACCGUUAAGGUGACGUUCGUGCGUCAGCGUCAGAGUUUGAGCCGUUUCAUAAAGAUGUGGUCUUUUGUUGGCACCAGACGGACCGUUUACUCAAAGAGACAUCCGUCAGCUCAGGUCUGAUCGCUGUCAGUGGAGCUGGACAUAAAUCAAACUAGGAGAGGAUGAAAAAUUUUACAUUUGUCCUUAAAAAGCUGAAAGUGUGGGCCAGUUCAGACAAGGUAAGAGUGCCGAGCUUUUGGAUUUACCUGGUUCAACAACACAGAGAGCAGCUGUGUUUUAUAAAACCUUUAACCAGCUACUAAAAGAAGUUAUAAGGUGAGGUAUGAGCGAGCAGAAAUGGUUUAAAAAACAAUAAAAUACCAGGAAAUACAACAAAAAGAGGCAAAGGGGAGAUUUAUGAGUAUAAGGCCAUAAAAAACGGUUGAAUGAUCUUCCUUCAGAGCUCCUCAGGGUCGACGCGCUGACCAAUGAGCUAUGAUUGAAACGUCAGAUGGAAACAGACAUUUUUACGUUCUAAAGUCUCAGGGUUUUAGUUUAACAGCAUCAUUAAGAUCAUGUCCACCUUAAGAAACAAAGACAAGGGUAGAGCUCGGUCUUGGUUGUCUGGGAUCCUCACAGAAACGAAACGUCAUUGUCUCUUGAUCAUAAAAGGCCCAAAUAAUGAUAUUUUCAUCAGUUUAUAACACUCUCACCGAAUCUUACAUUCAGCUUCUGCAGCCUCUCAGUUUCUAACCUUAUUAUUCAUGCUGUGAUCUGAUUGGACAGAGAUACGAUGGUGAGACUGCAGAGACAGAAAAACACGAAGCCAAUCAUGGUGAGCGCCCCAGGAGAACCUGCACCUGCAGACUCCACGUUGUUGAGAUGUUGCAGUGACUGUGUCAUCUGGGAGAGUCUGUGGUUUCGCAUGUCGAACUCCUGUCGUGACAUCACCACAGGAACAAACUCAAACCCGUGUCUUCUCAGUAGAUGGACCACAGAAACAUUAGAGGAGCUUAUGUUCUCCACGUUCUCAGGGCUUCUCGGCUGGAGGGUGACUCCAGGGUUUAUAUAAAGGGAAGAAAACUCGUGUUUUUAUGAUGUGGAAGCUUUAAAAAUGGAAAUAAUACCAUAAAGACAAACGUUAGCCAGAAUCUGUGAUAGUCUUACUCUAAAGUUACUUCAUCUGGGACACUGCUGACUUUGCAGUCCAAGCUUGUGCUCCAUAGAAGAUUAAGAUGCUCAACCAUGGCUGUCCUCAUGCAAAUGGUAUGAGAUGGAUACCAACCCUCUGCCCCUUUCCUGCAUGUCACUCCAGCUCUCUCACCUUCUCUUCUAAAAAUAAAGGAGAAGAACAAAGUUUGAAAGUCAUUAUUCCACCAUGUUUGACUGCGAACCCUCCACAGUCCUGAGAAAACGACUUUCAGGCUUCACUGACAAACAGAGUUACUUUUAUUUCCAUAUCGAGUGUCCUCUAAAGUGACGUUAGGGUUUCGUUCUGCCAAUUCAGAGUUUAUAAGGAAAACUUUGAAUUCUGCGUUUUUAGGUUUGGAGUAUUUAGAGAAAACAUGAAAGUGGUCUCUCUCCAACCCUAGCUCUGCGUCUGAGCGGUUUUGAAGGGCAACAGAACAGAUUAAUAAACAGCACAGAGUGAUAUUGUGAUUGAUGAUGGUAAUAUGGGACUCUGACAGAUGUGUCUUUGGACAGCCUGAAGGGCUUGGAGGACCUGCAGAGACUCAGUGACAGAGAGAAGCAUGAGAAGACGUCAGCGCGGGAGUGAACUGGAGUGACUCUGAGUGUUUGUGACUGUGAGUGAUGAAUGUGCGGACGAUCGAAGGAGUGAGAGAACAUGGACCGAUGAUGGAUGGAGCAGGUGCGAGGGGAAGAAUGGGACAUUUGGCUGUGAUAGUAACACUUGGCCAGCCGUCCUCUUGAUGUAAUCCCGGGCUGACCCGAACUCUCUCUGUGGGUCAGGAGCUCGUGGUUUUCGUCAGUCUGUGGAGGUCUGAGCGAACCCGACGCCAGCUCCGAUUGGCUGCUGCAGUGACCUCGGUGUGUGGAGCGAAGCUUCAGGGCUGGAAAAGCUCCUUCUCCCCUCAGAUUGGUGGUUGUAGGUUGAGGUUUGUUAGUCCUACGCUGAGUAACCCACACUUCCUGUUUGAUGAAUUCAUGCCUCACAGCUUGAAUCACUGAACACCUCAUCUGGUGUGCAGAGCGUAUUCACAGGAGAACAUGUACCUAACCCCUGAUUUAUCCUGAUUCCUCCUCCAUCUGCCUCACAGAAGGUUCAUGUCGGAGGUAUUUGGACAGUUUUUACGCCGUUUAUUUCAGAACAGGCUGUAGAAAGUGUGACUCAGCAUCUCUCCUUGUAUUUACCGUGUCGUUGUUGUUGUUGUUGUUGUUGUCGUCGUCUUACUUUUAAAUGUUGGAGUGAAGAAACACAGACUUCCUUUUGACUCUGAAACCUAAAGGUGCAAACGUCUGCUUUUAUAACAGCAGUGUUCAGUGAGAUUACUGUGGGACUACAGAAGAAUAGAAACGGUUUUAGCGGUGCGAGUAUACAUGAGGGUGGAUAACACUGUCUGCUAAAAAGCCCACCCAACAGCUCGGCAAACACUGAAUAAACCAUCGACCACGCUGCAGGCUCGCCGUGUCCUCAUCAUGGAGAUUUAGAAACAGACUCGAUAAAUCUGAAAUACGCAGAAAAACAAACAGAAUCAGGUUUGUUCUAAAACGGCGAAGAUCCCACAGCGUAACAGACGGUCAGUUAUAGAAUAUAUUAUAUAUAUAUAUAUAUAUAUAUAUAUAUAUAUAUAUAUAUAUAUAUAUAUAAUAUAUUGGUUACGUUUCCUCUUAUCGAGUAAUUUCUUCGAUCUCUUCUUUGAUUUCUGAUUUUGACUCAUGUCCCACCUGUUAACAUGGAGAAGGCGGUCCUUAUUACUGACAUAUUCUGCAGCCGGUCAUCAGGGGGAGCUCAGGGGUCUUCUCCAUAUUGCAAAUUUUUAAGAAGUGAGCGAACACCAGACUCUUAUUUUGUCACUCAGAGCGACUAGAAACACGACUGAACAACGUUAGCAAAAACAUGCUGACGGCUCGCUCCGGCUCUCGCUCUGUCUAAAAACUACAGCAGUGAUGACUGAGGGAGGAGGAAAACUCAGUUCUCGCUCCGUUUUGUCGUGAUAAAACAUUCAAAGUCGGUUUCUGUGUUUUUCAGGGAUUUUUUCUUCAAUGUCAAACUUUAGCGCUGACUUUAAUAACUGCAGUAAAUUUCUACAUCAAGUUUAAAGAACUCGUUCAGUCUGCGAUUACAUUCAUUCAACAUGUCUCGUUUUAAUGAUCUGUCAGAGAAGACUAAAAUCCUCCUAAAGGAUGACUCAGCACAUCGUCGAGUUAUUAUGAGGUUCAAAGAAGAACUAAAUCAGGUUCAGAUCCUCACGUCUCGGUCUCAGACAGCUUAGCGGUUUCUAAAGAAAGAGUCUAAAUAUUUUCAAGCUGCUUAAUAAACCCCCAAAUAAACCUCCUGAGCUCCUCAGUGAUCACACCUCUUACUGCAAUCUCUGCUCUUUCUCUCCAACAUGAAUCACGAUGAGCAGACGAGGCGGUUAAAGCCCACAGUGAUGGAAGUGUUUGACUGUUUCACUCAGUAGAUUUCCCUCCAUCUGGCUUUAUUGUAUUUGUGUUUUCUGGGCUGAGCUCGAUCAGGACUCACACACAGGCGGACCGGUCCCUGUUCUGUGUUCUGGUUUGGGUCUUGUUGGACCACAAAGCCAGUUGAGUCUCUGUCUAACUGAGAGAUGUCCUCCGGGGACUAAUGUCAGGCUCAGAGUGUCACAUCCUCACCAACUGGAGCGAUGGGAGGAUGAUUCACCCGCUGUCACUCGCUCACCUUCCUACUCACUCCUAUCUGCUCAUUAACACUUUGUUAAUGUGUCUAAUUAUCCCGUCUGGAAUAUUAUCAACUGCACAACUGCAAACAUUUUAUUUUCCUCAGUGUUGCUAUUAGCAGCUUAAUUAGAGGAGAAAGACCCGAAAUAUUAAAGAGGUUAUUAAACAGACUAUUAUGAUGAUCUCUCUCUGCGGUUCGCGCGCUCUGCUGAUGAUGGAGACCCGAACGGAUCUGAGCAGAAUGAGAAAGAGGAAAUCUGAAGAGAUGAGACCCGAGAUUAAAGAUCGGCCAUUCCUUCAUUUCUCAUGUAAAACUCAUGAGACACUCUUAUACUCUCACCUAAAGUACCUUUAAAUGUUUUCUUUGUUUUUCCUUCCAUGCAGUCCAAAUGAAAUGGGAUUUGGUCCAAAACGAGAACAACUUUAAACCGAAACGUUUUGUUCCAAAAUCAAUACGGAGAGUCCCUUGAUUGUUUUUCACUCCAGUGUACUGAUGCCACCGGUUCAUCGAGUGUUUUUCCAUAAUAAUAAACACAAAGUAGUGAACAUCAAUAUUCCUGGAGCUUUAAUGAGCAGUAAAACCGUUUACCCCUGAGAAACCUCCUCCUACAGCCGGGAAAUACAACAACUAUACGCUCCAAAAACAGCCGAUAAAAGCCUCUGAUUCACAAACUCUUCUAAACUAAUUACUCUACGGGUCAAUUAAAGGGUUAUUCUGGCAUAAAAUUAAGUUAGUGUCAAACACAGAGUUAGACACCCCCUCCAGAGAUGAACGUUGCUUCUCUAGUUAUACCAACUUUAGUAACAACCGCAGGAUAGAAAUACAGAGAGCCACGCCCUCAACCAAAACGCCACAGUUGUGUUUAGUCUGUUUGUUAAAGAAAUGAGUCAAAGUUAAAAAGAUGUUUGGUGUCUAGUACUAUGUCUGUGACCCUAUAUGUCCUGUUGAUGAAGUUAGGUGCUGUUCUGAGCAUUAUUUGUGGCUAUAGAGUGGCGUUUUGGUUGGGGGCGUGGCUCUCUGUAUUGCUAUCCUGCGGUCGUUACUAAAGUUGGUAUAACUAGAGAAGCAACAUUCAUCUCUGGAGGGGGGGUCUAACUCGGUGUUACGGUGUGUUUAACCCUAAAUUAAUUUUACACCAGAAUAUCCCUUUAAAGGUCCAGGAUGCAGAAACAGAAAAAUGUAUUGAUAUCAGAUUGAAAAGCUCCCCCCUCCUGUUGUUGAAGAGACGGUGGCCCCAUGAGGACAAGAAGCUCCUGUGAAGUUUAAACCGUACUAAUCAUUUUGUGUACAACAACUUUUCUCUUCUUUAAUCAAUUCUCAUUUUACAAUUUGUGCAACCAGUCACUAUAAAAUGCAAACGUCACUAGUUUGUCCCUCCUCUGCUACAGUAGAAACAGGGUGGAGCGAGAUGUCGGCCUUCAUUUUAGGUGACCUGCUCCUCUUGUCGAUAUAACACGGUUAUUCUACAUCAACAAAACAAUAUAAUUCUUCUAUUCAGGGUGAUUAAACUUUACACACACAGAAAUAUUUGGCUCCAUUCUUUAUUGUUCUGCGAAACAUUACCUAUUGUACCUUUAAGGGAUAAUAUAAAAGUGAUAGUAAAAAGUGAGGUGAGAUCCCUCCUGCUCAUUAACCAGCUUCCACUAAAUCCUGAUUUAAUGUCGAGUUUAUUGAUUCAUAAACUGAUUUAUAUGCGGCUGAAGGAAACAUCGCAGAAACACGUCCGUGAAAACGGAUCCUCGGCGUCCGACUUCAGCAGGUUUCUCCUCUGAAAUGUACACUUGGAUCCUGACUUGUCUGUAACAGUCUGGACUCUCAUUAAUCAUCACGCUGACCUUGUAAUGCUCCUCAGUAGCUGUUCACUCCAAUCCAUGCUGCUGGAUUAUAAUAGUUCUAUUUCUACAGAUCUUCCUGUCCAGCGGUUCUCCCUGAGACAUGAAAAAUGAGUUUGAUAUGGAGUCAUUGAAGUUCCCGGACAAAUUGAAAGUGAAUCCCAGAGCCUAAAAUCCCCAUUGUUCCUGAUCAAGUUUUGAUGUGCUGAACAGAGCCUCCCUGUCAGACCUGGACUUUUUUUCUUAAAAGCAGUAAAGAUGUGAAAUAAAUCAAAGCUGGCUGCACAUUUGUUAUCAGUCUGAAACCGUGUCUGCUGUCGUCUGCUGAGAAAUGUUCAGGCCGGAGGUGAGUUUUUGUCUUGUCGAGCUUCUUUCAUUUUGAUAUUCUCUCCCUCUCAUAUCUCUCCUCCUCUCUGGUCCUCCCUAAAGUCAUGAAGGAGCAGCUCUGGCUGCAGAAACUCCUCAGGCACACACUUUGAAUGGUCUGCUUUAUAAAAUCUAUUAAGAAUAUCAGUGAGGGUGCAAAUUGAAGCUGCGAGUGUAAAAGAAAGAAGGGAAAUAGAGUUUCUGAUGAGAUGGUUUUUGUGUUUGACUGUCGGAGAAGGAAAUGUUUUUAUUUAACUAAAACUUCAUCCUAAACCUCUUUAGUUUGAGCUCAAAGUCACAUUUUAGACACUGUUUCAUAGAUUCACUGUGAAGUGCAUGUGUAGGAGUGAAGUGCACUGUGGGUAACGUAGUUCAGGAGGUAUUAUUAGGGGUCUGGCUGCAGACCUCCUCUGAGAGGACCCAAGGUGACAUUUUUUCCAUACACUCGUUUGUUUGAAGGUCAUCCUGUUUUUGAAUUUUCUCUUUGUUGAACACAUGAAAACACAAAAUUGUCAUAUUAACAUCAUAUACAUAAAAUAAAUCCCCCAAAAUUGAAUACAUUCAUAGAAGACAAAAAAUAGGUACUUCCCAGUCUAAUCGCUUUUAUUUUGAAGGAUCUAAUUAAGAAAAGUUCUCCCAGUAUAUUCGCUUUUAAUGUGAAAGGCUUUAAAUCAACUUCUGGUCCACUUAGUGGAGGGGGGUCCUCACAAUAAAGGUCUUCAACAAAGGGUCCUGACAGUUGAGGUCUGCAGCCGGACUGUCUUGAUGGAAACUGUAACAUUGAACAGAACGAAAAGGAUGAUUCGACACCCUGAUACGUCUAAAAAGUCCCAGUAAACUGAGGGAUUAGAUUAAAAGUCAUGGAGCUGCACAGUGGAGCAAUAAGAACUCUGAAAGUACCGUCAGUUUAACUAUAAAAUCACAUUUAGUGUUAAAAACACUUUAGUCCACGUCUGAGUUUAUUCCUGUUCAUCUAAAGACGUUCAGUGUGAAAGUUAAAUCUGUAUUUUUCAGUAUGAGCUUCAUCUCAGCCUGAUCCUUGAAUCUGACAGGACUGUGACUGACGUCUGUGCAGCUCCUCCUCUGACUCUCUUCUCCCUAAACUGUAUAUAAAGUGUAUAUAAGUAAAUACAGUCUGUGGUAUUAUCCAGGUGCAGGUGAACUCUCUGUGACGGAGCGAACACCACCUGGCCUGAGCCGCCUGCUCUUUAAAGAAUCAUAUCUUGAAUACAGGAUUAUGUUUUCCUCAUGAAAUGCAAAUUGAAGCUCAUAACUUAUUUAUGAAAUUUGGAGUUUACCAAAUGUUUACACCUCCUGAAAUAUUAAAGCUGGCUCAAACUCGACGUUUCUGUAUUUAACCGCUCGCUCUGAGUUUGUCGGACCUUUGGCGUCACGCAGAGGAGCGCCACUCGUGUUUUUUUCUGGUGUGAUCGUUGGAAAAAUGAGCUUUAAAAUCUGCUUGGUUCUGGUUCUGUGUUUCUGCAGAUUUGUGAGGCUCACUGGAGCCGCCGGUUCUCUCUCAGCUGAGUCUUCUUCAUUACUGACUGAUGGGUUUGAAACUUGGAUGAUGAGUUUAUGUCUGAGCUCGUGAGGAAGACGAAGAGCGGGAGGGAAGAGGGUUUAAAAAAGGUCUGUCAUCACGGCGAGGACUGUAGUCUGACUAAAGCUGAAGGAGAGAGCUCUCUCUGCGGUCUGCUGGACAGUCUGCAUGUGUUGGGUUUGUAGUCGGCAGGUGAAGAUCUCAGCUGUAGGUUCUGCAGAGAUCUGUUCCUCGAGGUCGAACUGAAGUUUGAUGAAUCCAUCAUGGAGGAGCUCCUGCAGGAGUGACGGUAUCUCAGCUGACAUUAUAUUAUUAUUAUUAUUAUAUUAUAUUAUUAUAUUAUUAUUAUAUUAUAUUAUUAUAUUAUUAUUAUAUUAUAUUAUUAUAUUAUUAUCAUAUUAUAUUAUUAUUAUUAUAUUAUAUUAUUAUAUUAUUAUAUUAUAUUAUUAUAUUAUAUUAUUAUAUUAUUAUUAUAUUAUAUUAUUAUAUUAUUAUUAUAUUAUAUUAUUAUAUUAUUAUCAUAUUAUAUUAUUAUAUUAUUAUUAUAUUAUAUUAUUAUAUUAUUAUUAUAUUAUAUUAUUAUAUUAUUAUCAUAUUAUAUUAUUAUUAUUAUAUUAUAUUAUUAUAUUAUUAUAUUAUAUUAUUAUAUUAUUAUUAUAUUAUAUUAUUAUAUUAUUAUUAUAUUAUAUUAUUAUAUUAUUAUCAUAUUAUAUUAUUAUAUUAUUAUUAUAUUAUAUUAUUAUUAUAUUAUCAUAUUAUAUUAUUAUUAUAUUAUUAUAUUAUUAUUAUAUUAUAUUAUUAUAUUAUAUUAUUAUAUUAUUAUCAUAUUAUAUUAUUAUAUUAUUAUUAUAUUACCGUCACUGCAGCAGGAAGGGAAGCUGCUUUCUGACUAAACGAGAUCACAGAGUCUGUAAACAAACGAUGUGAAAUCUGUUUUCUGAGCGUCACUAACCCUGUCAGAGCGAGCACCUCCAGUCAUCAGUCCACAGACCUGUGCUGGUAACACGCUGCUCUGGUUGAGUGUUUUUGUGGAAAUUUAACAUCUUUUUUCCUGUCUGUGUUUAUUUACAUCCUGGUGGUGUCGUGUUAUAACACUACGGCUCUAGCAUCAGGUCAACAUACGACAUAUUUAACGCCUAUAAAAAGUUUGAAUCAACAAACAUAAAAUUCAGAUACCAGAAAGUAAACAUGAUGAAGUUUAAGAAGUUUGGUCUUUCUCAGAGUCCCAUCAUGCUGUUUCCUUCACAUCUCCACAGAUUUAUUAAGUCCUGAAACUGAACUUCUUCCUCUGCCAGACGCUCCUGGAGACGAUUAUGUCGUCUUCUCUGAAAGUGUCUGGAUCUGCGUUUCCACCGAUAAUCUGUCCUCAGAGUUUACACCUGAACGCUGAAGUUACUCUCAGUUAUUCUUGUAGCGCCCCCUGGUGUUUGUGUCCCAGCAGAGAUAACUCCAUCAGAGUUCUUUUCCUCCUCCUGGUUCUGUGAUUGAGUUGGGAGGAACUUUUGAGUGACGGGAACAGAAGUGAUUUGUUUGUUUUGGAGGAGAGAAGGAGGUCACGGAGGUCUUAUUGAAAACCCUAAAACCGUGUGUGUCGCUCUGCUCUGGAUCAGCUGCUCUUGUGUUGAAGUUAUUCCCUCUUUUUAGCAGGUAUCACAGUAUUCAGUAUCUGAAUCAGAUCCAGACUCUCCUGUCUCAGCCUCCAUAUUUCUGCAGACUGAUGUUCCCAUAAAGAACCAUUAAUUCGUGAUAAAUCUGCUCUGAAGUCAAAGCUUUUGGCAGCGAGGUCAUAAACACCAAACGGAGAGGUGGAGGAGGAGGACGUUCGCUCGAACCCUGAUGGUCGUGGCUGUUGGAGAACCUCUCCGUCCUGUUUUUGCUGUCGGUAAAAAUGAAACGUCUCGGUCUUCUUUCUUCUUUUCUGAAGCUGCGUGAUGAUGAUGAUGAUGAUGAUGAUGGUGAAGGUGAGGAUGAAGGUGUUUGUUGUUGUCGCUGCAGCCCGCAGAAAUGACUGAUUACAGGUCACACACACCUUUUUGACAGGACGGCGUGAGUGAGGUUUAUUUCGAGCCCUCUGCCCUGUAAUCACCGAGCGUGCUUUCUUCCUGAACGCCCACUCAGAGAGAGGCGUGUUUCUGCCGCCCUCAGGAGGAAUAUUUACGGUGGAUGAAUUCUUCUGUGCAACAACACAAAGAAUCAUUAAUGUCCGACUUUCUGGAGGAUCAGGCCGCUGACGGUAAAAGCAGAAAACAUCGUCUCCUUGAGAAGAGGAUCUGUUGUUCCUCCGAUAAUAAGUCUCUCUGUUUAUUUUCGGUCUGAGGUGAAAUAAUAAAUCUGUUUUAAUCUUGAACACCCCCUCCUCAGAAAGGAUCAGAGAGCUGCAGCCUCAGUCAGCUGCUGAAGAUGAGGCUGGUUCAUCCAUUCAUCCAUUCAUCCAGCGUCAUAUCUGGAUGCCUGCUCUAAUCUGAGGCGUCUCUCUGCCUCGACUCGUCACAUAAAACAGACGGUUGUUUGCUCUGAUUCAGGUUUUUGACUCUCACACACUCAUGUGGACGGACAGGUGGGCUCUCAGGUCAAACUUGGUGUAGCAUACCUGAGUUAUGAUCAAACCGAAGCUCCUGCAGCUUAAAUGUGACUAAACGGAUCAGUUAGAGUUUGUUUAACUCUCUGGUUUUCUUUGUUUUUCUGACUUUAGUUUCAGGAGGAUGUUUCAGUUCCUGAAGUUGGAGUCUUAUUUGACAUUUUAACCUCUUUAACCUUAAAUUCUAAACUCGUCCUGGACGUGUUCACAGGAUUCCUCACUUUGAAAAAUGUCGAGAAAUCUCCAAAGUUUGGGUCUCAUCUGGAGUUAAUGAGGGUUUGUGGUCGACUCCUCCGCAGCGAACAAAGACUCACUCAGGUUGAACAGACGUAUGUAGACUCGUCUCCAGGAUCCGGUUUAAAGUGGUCCUGGAAGUUUCAGACUCCUGACAUUCAAACCCGUCUCUGUCUGACUUCAUUAAGACUUUAAACACUUUCUCUCCUCCGUUUAUCUCCCUCUCCUCCGUCCUCUGUGCCAGGACGACACAGGUUUGGGUUGGUAAUGAGUUUGAGUAAGUCAUCAUCCAUCAUGAAUAAAACAUGGACCUCAGUGAUUUUCCUGGAGAUGAAGCUAAUAUUUGUGUUGGCCCCUCUGCUGUUUGCCCGAUAACUGUCAGAAAUCAGAGUCGGUUCUGGUCCAGAUUGUGUCUGAGCUUCAGCUCUCUGAGUCACAGAGUGAAUAAAGACGUCACGCUUUAAUUCACUCAUUCACAGAAAGACAGGAAGAGGGAUUUUUCAGACACGUGGAACUUUGUGAGGAAAGUUUCAGGACGAACCCGGGAUUUUCACUGCAUCUGGAACGGCGCCGAUUUUUGUCAUACGCCAAUUCCUACCAGAUCCGUAUGUGAGAUGAAUUUCGUGGCAGACUGUGAUCAGCUGAGGAGUCCGGCGAUCCGCAGAGGAACGGAAAGAAGUCGGUGUAAAUUGACACGUUAACUUGAAUGGAAACGAUCAGCUACGAUCGGAGGAUACGACCUUUUAGGAGACGAUCAGGAUGAAGGUGGAGAUUAGGGGGUGAGAGAUCGAUUUUGUGACCUUGAUUCAAUUGUAAGAGGAAGACUGCAUUUCCCAUGAGUCCUUUCCCUGAUGUUGCAGCAGAGUAGCAGUCAGUGAAAAGCUCCUUACAGUGGCUUUAAUUCUGAUGUCCACCCUCGAACCCUCAUGAAGUCUGUAAGACUUCAGGGCUGUUUCACGACCGAAUCCUUAAAGAGGGGUCUCUGGCAGGCUUCAGGGGCCCCCUCUGCACCCAUCCUUCAUGUGCUUUUGGAGCCUGCCUCUAGUGGCCACUGGAGGAACUGCAGUUUUGAUCCCUUCUGGUCUGAGUUCCUGUCUCAGACCUGCUCCUCGCUCCCUCAGGUUCCUGUUUUCCUUCGUCGCUCCUGUUCAGGCGCAGAUCUCUGCUGUCGUAGCGUCACUUCUCCUGCUGUGCUUCGAUAAUACGGUUUCUUGUUUCACUGAUCAUUAAUCACUGAGAACAUUAAUCACUCUCUCUCUGCUCUAAAGUCCUGAUAAUAAAUCUCACAGUCAUUAUAUUUAAAUCGGAUUAAAACCCACAUGAGGAGAUCUGAUGGUUUUAUUACACGGCUCUGUUUUUAUCCAUAUGUCUCUGCAGACGUUUCACUCUUUCUCUCUUUGACUUCAAACCUCCGAGAUAAUUUUGAUUUAAACGUCUACAAUUAUAUUUUUAUCAUCACCGCCUCACAGCUCACACAGAUAGAGACAUAAUUCAGGUCUGAAAUGUCCUCUGAAAACGUGCCGACUGUUAAACGAGGAGCGUCUGAACUUUUCUGAGGGUGUCUGAAAGAUUUAAAGCAGAAACACACCGAGCCGGCGCUCAGCGUCCUGCUGAGAGAGACAGAAAAACCACGUCCCCUUUUCCAGGCAUGGCCUUGAAUAAUAAUGAAGUUUGCUCAGAGUCGCAGCAUCAGAGAUCCUUAAUCAGCACAGAUGUGCGCGCCCACACAUGCAGACCCCUCAGAGUCUGCUGUAGUCUGAGUAUCUGGCCUGGUCUGUCCUCAGAGGUUAGGAGGUGAGUUAUGGAGGAUUAUCAGAGUGAAAUGAGUCUAUUUGUCUCCAUCAUGAGCAGCUUUAAAGCACCAUCACGCCAUAAAAGAGCUUCAUUCUGAUCCUCGGCCAGAGUCUCCUCCUCUGAGCUCUUAACUCUCGCUGUGAGACGGCGCCGUGUGUCACCAUGACCUCCAGAUGAGUUCGCCGCGCUAACUUUGGUCCAGAGCGGGUCGUACAGGAAGUACAGUCUCCUAAAUCUCCUCAUUGUCCUUUUAAUUUAGUUCUGGAUGAAAGUUUCAGAGUUUUAAAGUAAAGUAGGAGCUCCUGAAACUCGUGCUUCAGUCUUAUUUGCGUCAUCUUAAUCAUCUCUGGCAGCAGUUUCUACUUCAGCGUUUGAUUUAUUUAUUUGUGGAGCUGAGGCGGUUUGCUUUGUACUCGGAUUAAAGAUUUAUCCCUUUAGAAAUGGGGCAGAAAUUCACAUUUACCUUGAACUUUUCAUCACUUAUACUUUCAUACAUGAAAGACCCAAAUGUGACGAAGCAGCUGUCGUUCGGUAAAUGUCGGCUGGAUGUAGAGCAGACCGUGGAGUGGACCUGUGAGACCGCUGGGUUCGAGUCAAACUGAGGAGACGCUGGUGCAGUUUUCAAUAAAGACCAUCUACACUGCUGAUCAGUACUGAAAUAUAAUGUUACAGUCAGGGCUGGGACUCCAUUAAAACAAUUAAUCUAAUUAAUCAGAGGCUUUGUGAUUAAUCGCAAUUAAUCGCAUUUUAAUCUCAUGUAAAUAUUUGACCUGAGAACAGUGAGGAUCGUUUUUUUUUAAUGGUAUAUAAGUGAAUUUUCCCGAAGUGGACUCACUCAUCUUAGCUCUGAAUCCUCUCGUCUGGUCAAGUGUGGGUUUGGUGCGGGUCGCUGUACUCGGAGUCGGACUAGCGUUAGCUUCCAUGCUAGCUGUUUAGCAUUCAGAUGAUACCGAAAGCUUGACGUUCUGCGGUGAUAUGUAAAUUCCUUUUUGCAAAGUUUGUACAAGACCAUUCUUCUAUCCAGGCUUCCAUCCAUCGGAAGCCAAUCAGAGCUCACUCUUCCGCGUCUUCGUUUAUUUUUCCAUCUGCUGGGUGGGACUGGAAUCUCUGCUGCACUCGCUCACAUUGGGGUGUGCCGGUAUAAGCGGUAUUCCUGAAACUCUCUCCAUCGUCCUCAGACGAGCUUCCAUCGUAGUCUCCAAUCCUCUUCAGGACGUCCACAUAUUUAAGCGCUGAAUGUCCUCAUGAACGGUGCAUCUUUGGCAGCGGCCGACCAACCUCCUCCUCCUAGACUCUACCUUCUCGCUGAGCCUCGGCGGUUCCCCGUACAGGUCCUUGUUGGUCAUGUGGAUGUUCUGGUCCACGUUCAGAACAGCCCGUAGCGUUCUGGUGUAGCCCCCAUCUGGUCCAGUGAGAAACGUUCUGUGGUGCAAAAAUACAGUAGGUGCGGUUAAUAUGUGUUAAUAUUUUUAACGAGAUAAUAUUACUGUGAUUAAUUAAUCACAAUUAACGUGUUAAAGUCCCGGGCAUAGUUGGAAACCCAGAUGAGACACAGACAGAUGUGGAUGUCCUCUGAACGGCCUCUUUUGAGAACUUUGUGAGAUUUGUCCUGAACAUGAUGUCAGACUCUGCCGUCCAAUCAGAUUCAGGACACACCCCCGACCCAGGAGACUAGACUUUUAAGACUGAUCUGCCCAUAAAGACCGGUCAUGGAGGUUCAGAACCACGAGGGUAACACAACAAGAGUCGAUGAUUUCGGGUCAUUUUGUGACGGCAGAGCUGUGGAGAGAGUAACUCCCUCUGAUGUGUCUAACCUGAGAAAUCAGCUGAUGUAAAGUCUUUCAGGCAGAGGUUAAAUAAAGUUUUCUCAUGGUCCAGAAUUGAGCUGCAAAUCAUGCAAAGCUCCACUGUAGGUGUCCCAGACUGACACAGUGGGAAAGACGAGAAAGAGGAAACAGAGAAGUGAUGGGUUCUGGGUCUGGUCCCAGUUUGCCCUGCAGGGAUAGAGAGGACGGUAUCCACGCUGUUCCUCCUGUCAGAGAGAGCCGCACAGAGACCUCGCUGCUCCUCCAGGCUCUCUCUUUUGGAUGCAGCUCUCUGUACUUACUCAGUAUUUUUGCAUAAACAGACACGAAUAAAAAGGAUAUAUUAAGUGCGAGUUAAGUAGAUUAUCCAGAUUAAUACCGCCGUCAUUGGAGCCGUUACUCUGCAGUCGGACUGUGGUGAGAGAGCGGCAGUCAGAGGAGUCUGAGUCGGGCUGGAGGCUCUUCUGAGGAAACACGGAGGAAAAGAGGGAGUGGAUUUCACUUCUAUUCACACCUGAGUCACCUUUACCUGCCUCUGUGUUUAUUUAGUACGGCUUCACUUUGAACACACACUUAUCAUCAUGCACACACACACACACACACACACACUCAGAUUUUUAAUAGUGUGCCAAUCAAAAUAAAGACCUCUGACUUGAUGGUUCUGACAUGCUGAGUUUCCCCGCGGGGAGCUUCCUCAUUUUUAUCUCCUAAGUGAUCAGAGUGUAAAAUCCUAUUUAGAUGAAUGACGAUCAUUUGUCAGCGAAAUGCAUCUGCAGAGACACGCCACUCUGGUGGAGUUAAUCAUCUCCUCCACCGCAGCAGCAGCAGCAGCCGAGUCUGUUCGCUGGGCUGAGGAGGGUUUGGACGUUGAAAUAUGGAUGUUUUCCUUUAAGAGACUUUGGCUUUUUGCUCUUCACGUAACAUUUAACAUUUAAAAUUUUCCUGUUUUUCUUUUUUUUCUCUCUCUCUGAGCUGAACUCCAUUUUUACUGCAUGAAUUAACAUUUCCCCCGACUCUUAAGUGCAGGCUUUAAAUCCCAGGUGACGCCGCCCUCCUCACGCUAAGAGGGAACACCUAAUGUGACAUUUCAGUGAAGAGGAUUUUAAUUUCAGAUAGGAGCUCACAGGUGGGGCGACACAGGCCUCUGCUUUCCCUCAUAUCUCAUGUUGGACUCUUAUUUUGGCGGCCCGGAGCUUGGAGGCAAAAAGACGGAAUGAAAUUAGAGAUGUACGCACAUGUGAAGCAAAAAGGCAGGAAGAAAAGGAAAGUGAAAAAAGCUCGAACAUUUCCAGGUGGAGGUUUUUUUUUUAGCAGACUUGUUCGGUCUGAUGAAUCAGUGAAAAACAGAAAAGAAAAAACUAAUUCUGGUUUUGAAAGUUUAACAGCUAAAUGCUGAGAGGUGAACCGAUCAGGGUGUGAAGGAAUAAUUUCAUACGAGAAAAGACUUAUGAUCAAAAACCAGAAAAUGAUGUUUGUUUUUUCUUUUUCCAGUUUUAACCAAAAAUAAGAAAACAGACGUGGACUCUGCUUUUUUCAUUUCCUCCUUUUUAGUUUAAUGAAAAACAAAAGUCUUAAAAAAUAACAAAAUAAAAGUUUUAUUUUGAUUUCUGUUAUUUCACAUAUGAAGAAUAAAAAAGGAAGAAACAAAAAAAAAAUAUAUUUUUUAAAAGAAAACAAAAAUAAAACCACAGCUGGUCACCGGUCUGUGUUUUAAAAUGAGUUUAAAUUAACGAGAAUCUGAACAAAAGGAGAAAAUAAAAACAGAAACUCUUCAGUUUUUUUUCUUGUUUUUAUUUGAUUUGAAGAAAUAAAUUGUUUGAUAAAGUUUUUCUGUGUUUUGGCUCCUGGACUGAGAUCAGGAUUAUUCAGAGAGGGUCUCAAACAUCCAUCCUGCUCUCCAAACUAAUCUGGAUCUGGAUCUGGUUCUGGUUCUGGUUCAGGUUCUGGUUCUCUAUGAUUGGAUUCAGCUCCCAUCAGCUUUAGUCUGAACCGGAGUGACAUCAGUUUAGGCGUUCUGUAACCUCCAGGCUUCGCUGCUCCAUUUCGAAACGCUGCGCUGUGAUUGGCUCUUUCGUCAGGAGUCGGACCUCAGAGUAGAACUGGUUAAAUGAAUUUGGGUUCCUCUCCUCGGCGUCUAAUUAUCGUCUCGUUUUUAAGGGGAAGACAAACGUGAGGCAGGACUUAUAGAUCCACUGAAUCCUGCUAAUGAGGUCAUGUGACCCCGGGGUCGCUCUGCUGCGAUGUUAACGGCGUAAUUUUCUCUUUGAUGAAUGACUUUAACUGUAAUUGACUAUUGAUAACUCUGUCUGUAGUUUCAGGCGCUCCUUCUCCUCGCUCUUUCUCUCCGAGUUAAACCGUCUUCUGUCUGCUGUCUUUUCGCCUGGCUGCAGGCGCCGGCGUUCUGUCACAGGACCGGCAGUAAAUGAAAAGUGAAUGUAAAGUGAUUGAAGCUCCUGACGGCGGAGUACUGCUCUCUGCGCUGACAUUCACGAAGAUUUCCCCGCGGAGUUCAGAGACUGUGAAAUACUCCAUCAGAGCGUUUCCAUCAGACUUUUCUUCUGUCUGAAGUCGGAGCGUCAUUUCUCAACGCCGUCGUCUUGUUCUGCAUUGUUUGGAUCGGAGGGCGGCGUCGGGUUCGAGACCUAACAGGGUUAACCUCUGAGGGGGAGUCUGGUUUUAUGAGCGUCCCACCAGGCCGAUGUUUGUGUCACUGAACACAGAUAUGAGCCCUGAUUCAUUUCCCCGCCUGUUGUGACUCUCGUGGCGCGUGUUCGGUUUCCCUCUUUUCUCCAUUAAUCUUCUGGCCUUUGACGGCUGGAUAACACGGCGGUAAUGGAGACAUAAAUUUCUCCUGAUGGCUGUGGGCCUUUUAAGGAGAGAGAGAGAGAGGCAGAGAUCAAUAAAGAUGCUGAGUAUUCAUUUAAACAGGGAACAGGAGGCCGAGCAUGAGGCCAAGCAGAGGGAGCGUAAUUAAUACACCGUGUUGGUCAGGUCUGGUCUUGGUACCUGCAGCGGCCCCGGUCCCACUAAUGGGCAGAGAUCCCAACACUGCCUGGUCCCCAAACAGAGACCUGCACACCUGGAGACCCCCACAGGUGUGACUGUGAGGAUGGUACCAGGAGGGGCUUACAGACCUCACCUGUAGACCUCAGUAUGUGCACCUGCUCCUCGAGGUCCACAGGUUCACACUGUUCACAUUUAUACGACUUUAUAGAUCUUUCUCCAGAAACUCUGAUGACUCAGCAGUUUAUCAGGGGAGGACGGGGGGGAGGAGUCCUGGGGGGAGGGGGCUCGAAUAAACCAGACACAAACAGAAUCGAUAAGCUGAUCAGAGGGGCAACUCCAUCGUCGGGUCUUCGAUGGAUUCAGCAGGUAACAGAGUUUCCACUGCAUCUGGAACGGCGGCGAUUUUAGCCGUCCACCAUGUCCAGAAUACGGACAGCAGGAAUCCGAGAGAACUCACAAGAACCUGCAGAUUCACGUUCAGUCUCACGAUAACGAGUUGUCUCUAUAAAGACAGACACAUAGACAUAUAAGCAGUAGAUUGUGUCCUUCCAGAGGAGGAAAUCUACUUCUAGACUUCUAGAAUCAGCAUCUCCUCAUCCAUGGUGUCAUCGGGGUGAAAUGACGUCUAAAAACCUUUCACUUGUUCGUCUCCGAUGGAGUGUUUUAUUUUGAAAAGAAGCCGGAUGUUUUAUUUUGUGUCUGUGCCCGACUUCCUUUCCAGCACGGGUUAAUCUGUGCUGAAUUUAUCCGCCAUGCUCCGGCGUCCAGAAAAAAUAGAACUCUUGUGAUCAGCUGAGGAGUCCGGCGAUCCGCAGAGGAACGGAAAGAAGUCGGUGGAAAUCGACACGUUAACUUGAAUGGUUACGAUCAGCUACGAUCGGAGGAUACGACCUUUUAGGAGACGAUCAGGAUGAAGGUGGAGACUGGGGGUCAGUUUUAGGGGUCAGGAACUAAUGACAGGGAGGUUCAGGUCCAGGUUCCUGGAUCAGAUACCUCUAAGUUACAGAGGGGAACACAGAUCAGUCAGGGAAGUCUGAGACCGUCAAAAUACAACAUCAGUUAUAUCAGAGACACAUAAGUGUUCAAGUGUGUCAGACAGGCUCUGAUUUGACCUUUGACCUGUCUGUCCCAGUCCAGGACCCCCUCAUGUCAGCACCUGUCCUCCUCUGUGUCUCUGACUGAAACUCGAACAGAUUUACUCCACACUCUUUUAUUCUCCGCUCAGUUCUCUGCAGAGAGCGGCGAUGGCGGCGGCGGCGGCGCUUAACUUGACACACUGUAUGUCAGCGUCUUCAUAAUAGAGGAGUGUCAGGAGGCGAGUGCGUGUGAAUACCUCCGAUUGUGAGGUGUUGUCACGGGAACAGGUUGGAGCUGAUUCAGAUAGUGUAUAGUAAAUAAUGCAGGAGUGUGUAUAAACUGGUUUGUAAAUAAUAAAUGUAGCGGUGAUAAAUAUUUCCAGCUGAGGGCAGCAGAAAGCUGAGGAGGAGGAGGAGCAGGAGGAGGAGGAGGAGGAUGUUUUUCAAAGUGAUACCUCCCAGAUUGUCGGCUGGAUUCUGAUGAUGAUGAUGAUGAUGAUGAGUCGUUAUUUUACGACUCCUGAAACAUCAGCAGCCGAUGGAGACGGUGCUUACCGCCGUUCAGCUGUCAGAUCCUCGUCUUAUUAGCCUCCAUCACUCCUGACAGUGAUGAGGGUUAAACCUCCUCGUUAAAACCGUGGACAGGUUUUUAUUCUGGUGACGCCAGCAGGGUCCAGGAGAAGAGGAGUCAGAUUUAAGACUGCAGGAGGAAGAGGAGGAGGUGUGAGUGUCAUCUUCACCGGCAGAUUUACUGACCGAGCACUUUUAGUCAGCUGAGAGUUUAAAGGAAGAUUUCAGGGUUUUUUAAAGGUUGUGUCCUCAUGAUUUUUCAACAUUUAAUAGUUUAGACAAACAGAUAAUAACAAUUAAAGGGAUAUUCUGGCGUAAAAUUAAUUUAGGGUCAAACCCACCGUAACACCGAGUUAGACCCUCCUUCAGAGAUUCAUCUUUUUAACUUUGACUCAUUUCUUUAGCAAAGAGACUAAACACAACUCACCUACUCUCUUCCAGCAGACGCUUGUUUGUAGAGAGACCUCAGGCCAGUCCAUUACAGACUACAGCGGGGUGCCGCAGCUCGAAGAAGAACAUUUAUGAUCAAUUCUUCAUGGAAAUACAAUCAGACCGAGACGCUGAGACAGAAGAAGUCGAACACUCAGGAGGAGCUCAGAGGAGAACCGCUGCUCCUCCACGUCCAGAGGAGUCAGCUGAGGUGGUGCGGGCAUCUGGUCAGGACGCCUUCUGGACGCCUCCUGUUAGAGGUGUUCCGGACAUGUCCCACCGGGAGGAGACCUUGUGGCCGACCCAGGACCAGGUGGAGGGAUUAUAUAUAUAUAUACAGUAUGUCUUACCUGGCCUUGGAGCGCCUGGAAUCCUCUUGGAGGAGCUGCUGGAAGUGGCUGGGUGAAGGCCGUCUGGGCUUCUCUCCUGAAGCUGCUGCCCCCGCGACCCAGACCCAGAUAAGUGGAAGAAAACAACAACAACAGCGACUUCGAUGAAAUGAUUGAGAAAUGAUCAUAAAUGUUCUUCCUUGAGCUGCGGCACUCCGCUUUAGUUUGUAAUGGACUGGUCUGAGGUCUCUCUACAAACAAGCGGCUGCUGGAAGAGAGUAGGUGCUCCUCGGUCUCAAGCGGCUCCUCAGACCGCUGUGUAUCACUAUCCUGUGGUCGUUACUAAAGUUGGUAUAACUAGAGAAGCAAGCGGUCGACAACAUUCAUCUCUGGAGGGGGGGUCUAACUCGGGGUUACGGUGAGUUUGAUCCUGAAUUAAUUUUACACCAGAAUAUCCCUUUAAGACUAAAACAGCUUUAACAAACAUAAACAGGGUUAGGGUGGUGACGGAGAAAGGUGAUGUUAGUGGAGACCUCUCUCCUGCUCAGAUUAGAGAUUUCUGCCUCAAACACAUUUGUAGGUGACUGACUCUCUCUCUCUCUGUCUCUCUCUCUGUCUCUCUUUCUCUCUCUCUCUCUCUGUCUCUCUCUCUCUCUCUCUCUCUCUCUCUCUGUCUCUCUCUCUCUCUCUCUCUGUCUCUCUCUAUCCUUCACUCAAACCUGAUGUCUCUAUCAGCCCGUGUUCUCGUCAGACUGCUCUGUAAGCCUCACCUUAAGACAAUAAACGUGUUUCACUGAGCAGAGGAAACGUUUGUUUCCUCUUCUUUCAGAUUUAACAAACCUUCAAGGACGAGCUUUUCCCUCGCUGCGACACGUUUCCAGAGCGUUCACAUUUCUGCCGUUUAAAGACACGAUCCUCGCUGCCAGCCCGUUACACCGAACAGUAGAUUAGCAAAUGCAUAUAAUUGGAUUCUACUGCGUGCAGAGCAGCAUUAUCUGUCGCUGAAUAAUUUGGCUGUGCUGCAAAUGGCUGAACUCAGCAGAUGGAUGGAUGCUGGCUCUUGGCACCUUCUCACCGCCUGUAUGUGCGAGCAGCUGAACAUGCUUCAUUUAUGACUGAGGAGCAGAGAAACGCUCCGUACUCUCGGCCGAGUCUCUCCUCCUCUUUAUAUUCAGCUGAAAUCAAUACACAGUUUGAGGAUCGGGCGCCGGAUCGAUCGAUGGAGCAGAACCACCAAAGUUUAUCGUUGAAACCUGAGAUGGAGCGGCGAGGUUCGAGGAGUUUUAUUAGAUUUUAAUGAGAUCUGUUCGAGUCGAUCGAUCCAGAGAUGAUUGUAAAGAUCGCACACAGACGCACAAACACCAGACAUAGAUCUAAGUGUAGUAGAAGUUCAGAUGGUGGAAUCAAAGCAGUCCAUCUGUCUGUGAGCGCUUGACCCCCCAAUUUCCAAAAAGGUCGUAUCCUCCGAUCGUAGCUGAUCGUAACCAUUCAAGUUAACGUGUCAAUUUACACCGACUUCUCUCCGUUCCUCUGUGGAUCACCGGACUCCUCAGCUGAUCACAAGAGUUCUAUUUUUUCUGGACGCCGGAGCAUGGCGGAUAAAUUCAGCACAGAUUAACCCGUGCUGGAAAGGAAGUCGGGCACAGACACAAAAUAAAACAUCCGGCUUCUUUUCAAAAUAAAACACUCUGAACAAGUGAAAGGUUUUUAGACGUCAUUUCACCCCGAUGACACCAUGGAUGAGGAGAUGCUGAUUCUAGAAGUCUAGAAGUAGAUUUCCUCCUCUGGAAGGACACAAUCUACUGCUUAUAUGUCUAUGUGUCUGUCUUUAUAGAGACAACUCGUUAUUGAGCGAUUAAAUGUGAAUCCAUCUGUUCUUGUGAGUUCUUGUGAAUCCCGCUGUCCGUAAUCCACCACGAAAUUCUCCUCACAAACGGGUUCUGGUAGAAAUUAGCGGACGGUGAAAAUCACAGCCGUUCUUGAUGCGUUGAAAUUUGUUGGUUAUUCUCGGUCUAAUGAUGACGUUUCAUUAAAGCUGUUUAGACUCCGUCACUGAUUUAAAGGUUUAUUUUAUUUUCUCUUCAGGUGAUGAUGAGUGAAUCUUUAUUACGUCUUCAAAACUCUUUUUUGUUUUUCUGCUGUUCAGAAAAUAAAAUCUAAAAUCUCUCAUUUCAGUUUUCCACUUUGUCUCCUCUCAGCGUCGUCUCAUUCAUGAGGAGGAGAUCCACUUCAGCGCAGAUUUAGAGCCGCUCUCCUCCUCAUGAGAACCAAAGUAAAUAUCAGACCCAAUUUCCCCGAACGCUCUGACACUGAAAUGACUUUUUUCAGACAAAUAAGUCGAGAGAAAAUUAACUUUGUCUGAGAGCUGAAGAUCUCCUCUCUGUCUGCUGAGACUAAAGAUCUGAUUCUCCACAUGAAGGUUUUUUCAGGUUUUACCCUCUGAAGUUAUUUGAUCAUAAAUACCUUUAAAUCUCUAAAGUCGCUCAAACGUCACUCACCGCCUCUUUAAAGUCUCUCACUUUCGUCUCGUGUUUCAUUGACUCCUCGGACAGAUCAUCAUCAUCAUCAUCAUCAUCAUCAUCAUCAUCAUCAUCAUCAUCAUCAUUAAAGUUUUUAAAGCGGACCUCCGUGUCGCUCCGUCCUGGUCCUUCCUCGCUCUUCUCCCGCUGAGGUCGAACCUUCGCCGGUCUGAGCGCUCGGUGACAUUUCCAAGUUUUCCAGAGUUUCCAUUAGAGGCCCUUUACCGGAGACGUGUGAUUACACUUGAGAGUGAACUUCUCAAGUUCUCCGGGGUUACCUUUAAAACCGCGGGUCACUCGGCGCCGAACCUUUCCACAGGAGUCACCUCAGGUCUGCAGGCGUCACUCUUCCCUUUCUUUCGCCGCCUCCUCCGUAAAGGUCACUUCACGCCUCGGAGUGAAUACAGUCUGAGGAUGAAAAAAGAGGAUUUUUCUUAUCUGACACCGUCGUGCUCAGUGAAUGAAUCUCUCCUCAGGCUCCUCCCCCUUUUUACCCAGGACUAUGAUGCGCCGUCAGUCUGCUGAUGUCCGCCAGCGAUGGCGUCGUUGGAAGGUGGCGCGAAGGUCGAGUUAAACACAAUUAGGCGGCAGACCUCCUUCCCGUGGGGACGAGGUGACGGAGGAGUCAGCUGGUCGUUUAAAUGGCGAAGCUGCAGGGCGGGUGGCGGUGGAUCUGUCCGUUAGUGUUUGAGUUUCUGCUCCCUGAGGGACGGAGACGGAAAUAAAAUCAACAUCUCUGUCUCUGAAAAUAAAAAACCUUUUACUGCGGGAUAAAUAAACGAUCAGAGGAGCGUGUGCGGAUGGAGAGGUCAGAGGUCACAGAGGUCACAGAGGUCACAGAGGUGGUUAUCUUUCAAAGUUAGCAGCAGGUCUUCAGCGUCAACGUCUCGAGUUUAAACUCUGAAGACUGAAGGACGAAGGCGUCUCUUCGCUGAUGGACUUCCUGUCUGAACUCCUGACACUUCAUGAUGACGACGUCUGUUUUAGGACUUCCUGUCAAAAAGGCGCUCACUGUGCGGGACGUCUUCAUGCUGAGGUCGACUAAAUCAAAGUUAACGCUAAAGUAUUUGUCAUAUCGGCGUUUCAGGUGACUGUAAACGUACUUUUUGAAAACGGGUCAGAGAGUGAAUAAAUCUGUAAACGACGACCAUUUCAUCUCCGUCUCUGGAAACGAUCAUGUGACACACAGAGUAACUCUUUUAUGGCGCCAAAACAACCUUUAUACACAUGCUCUGUACUCUUCUUCUGUCUUUGGUGCAUUUCCUGUGCAGCGUUACAGCGCCACUUACUGGCUUGGCAUAUGAACUACAUCGUUUUGAGAGAAAAUAGAAAAAAUGUUAUUAUUAAAGUGAAGUUUGGUGAAGUUGCACUGAAUACAUUUUUUAUUAUUGAUUUUAUUUUUGGCUGAAUCGUGCCGCUCUCUCUCUCUCUCUCUCUCCGUGUGGAUUUGUAAAAACGCUGAGGCUGCAUCGAUACGAUCAGGAGUUUCUAUCUUAAACCAUAAAACCAGAAUCUGAAGGAAUAUCCUAAAGUCCAGACCACCUUUAAGGAGCCGUCAUAUUAGUCUGGACUUCCCAGAGUCUGUUUUCAGAUCCUGAUCAACUUUCUUUGGAGGUCGUUACCGGACUGAGAAGAUCUCCAAAGUGAAAUAAACGAAGGAAGCACGGACACGUUAAGAGGAUCGCUCGGCGGCGGUGUCGUGGUGCCCCGGCGUGUUCUGUACUUCUGUAUCAGCUGCUCAGAGAGAUUGAAAUAUCAGGUUUAAGGUCGACACGCUCCAUAUUCAGGCGCCGUGAUUGAACCUUUUAUAAGGGUCAUAAAUAUUCCUUUCAAAUCAACCUUCGCUGUGAAGAUGGUCUGUGUUUCCUCUUCUUCGAAAACUGCUGUGUCACCAUGGAGCCGGACCACGACAGGAACGGGUCUCCAUCCAAAACAACUCGAACCUUUGAGUUUGUCUUCUGUAAGUUUGGACCCAUCAACACUGACGGUUUAAAACCCGGUCCAGGUCCUGAUUCUUGGAGGUUCUGUGUGGAAGGAGCUUUGAUUUUAUAAACGUCAUUUAUCAGCAGCUCCAUGAAACGAGUGUUUGAGUGAGUCAGUGUGUGAUUCAGAUUUAUCCUCCGUCAGGUUUGUGUCUCAGUCCCUCGUUUCCUGCUCUGAACAUCUUUCUUCUUCUGUUGUCUUUAAUCGUUCUGCUGCUUUAAAGAAAUAAAACCUCUUCUUCUCUUUUCAAGCUGAGACGCAGAUUUCUUUCUCACCAGAGAAGCUGAGAGUUUCUCUGAACUCCAGAAACUAAAACUUUGCACUUUGUCUUUUCUCGCAGUGAGACCAUCAAACCUCCUUCACUGACCCGAACAAUAAACCCACACAUGUUCACUUUCAUCAGUGGAUCUGGACUGAAUUCAUUAAAGUGACGUCUGUGAGCGUCUGUGGAUGUAAAGAUUUACUCCAACAUGCGUCAUGAUUUAUAGCCGCUCGGUGUGUUUUUACAACGCUCUUUAUUUAUUGUCGGCUUUUUUCAGGAGACAGGAUGAUGGAUCUGAUUCUUGCGUCACUUUGUCACGAGCUCGCACACUUGUUCAAAGAGUUUGUUCACGUCAGUAAACAUGCGUUGGUCUUUGUGAGGAGAGACGCUCAGUAAAUUCUGAUGAGGAUUAACCCGGUUCUGUUCCUGUCCUGCAGUUCGACAUGCAGAGGAUCACGCUGGAGGAGCUCAAACAGGUCCUGUUCUACGCCUUCCGUGAUCACCUGACCAUGAAGGACAUCGAGAACAUCAUCAUCAACGAGGAGGAGAGCCUGAAGGAGAACUCUGGGAACUGUCAGACCGAGUUUGAAGGAGGUGAGUGUGUGUGUGUGUGUGUGUGUCUGUGUGUGUGUGUGUGAGGUGAAGGAGACUGAAUCCGUCCUGUCAGGAAGAAUCUGAACGUCCUCCUCAUGAUCUCAGAGUCGCCGCACACCUGCUGGUUUAUUGAUUCCUGGCGUUGGCGAGGACCAGAGUCAGCUGGUCGCCGGUUCAGGAGUGAUGUGGAUGAAAUAUUAAAGACUCACUCUGCAAAACUAACAUCCAAGAUUUAUGGAGAUCCACAGAGGGGAUUCUGGGGCUUUUACCCCGAACUGAACCGGGUUCAAACCUUUUUGGACUGUUUUUGUUUUUGGGAUCCUGAGAGUCCAGAAUGACCGAAGUCUGUCCUUAAACCAUCAUGUGUGCAUCAGUUAAUAUCUACUACACUACAAAAACUCAGAAGUGUGCAUGUCUUUGUCUAAUUUUUAAUAGAAAAUCUCUCAUUAGACUCAUUAAACUGAGUCACAUCACCUCAAAACUCCAAAAACAUGUUUUAUUUCAUGAUCGUUAGAGAGGAGAGUCAGAGCUGAAUUUCUAGUAAUGUGUAAAAAGGAAAUAAAAACAUGUAGUGCACUUAAAAAAAUCCUGCUUCAGUUUAAGAGACGUGUUUCUUAAAUUCUUACAUUUUUCAGUUUUCUUCAAUUAAAACCAAUUGAGUUUUUUUAAAGCAACAUCUUGACCUGGUCAGGAACACGUGUUUAUUACUGAGUCUGAUGAGAUAAUUUAGAACCAAAGUACAUCUGAGAUUUUAAAACGUGGACGAGUUAUUUCUCAGCAGAGUUCAGGAUUCCUUCUUUCAUCAAUCUUCAUCAUUUUAUUAAAUAUCUUCAUUUGUCAGAUUGUAUUAAUGUAAAAUGCAGAUUUAUUCUCUCUCUGACCCGUUUUCAAAAAGUACCGUUUACAGUCGCCUGAAACGCUGAUACGACAAAAAACUUUAGCGUUUCCUCCUGAAUUUGUUUCCAUGGUGACGGGUUGAUACCGCCUUCAGACAGGCUUUACAGCGGGGAGUGGUUUACUCUUCAACACGACUGACUCGCUCUUGUCCUAUUUAACCACGAAAUUAUCGCCUUCUUUAACAAACGCCAUGUUUGUUUACACUGAUGUGUGUAAGAACUGGGGAGGAAGGAGGAGCCUACGGUGGCCUGGAGGGGUGAGACAUGAUAGAGAGGAAAAUCAAUUUGAGGAUUUACAUUUUUUUAGCAUCCUCAUCAAAGUCAAAGUCAAAGUCAGCUUUAUUGUCAAAUAUGCUCCACGACAACAUACAGCAUAUAUGAAAUUACAGUCCUCUCGGACCCUCAGUCCAAAUAACGACAGAUAGAAAAAAUAAAAACGUAAUAAGUAAACAAAAUUACUAAAUACUACAAUAAAUAUAUAUGUACAAUGUGCAACAUGCAAGUAAAAUAUAAUCAUAAUCAAAUAAUCUAAUUUAGAUUUUAAAUCGAUUAAUCGUGCAGCCCUACAUGUCAGAUACAAAACUUCAGCUUUAUCGUAGAGUUAGUUUGCAUAGAUGCAGAAUGUCUUAAUGUUUUGAUGCAGAAGGAGCAGAAGUCGAAUAAAAGGGCAGACAGAAAUUAAAAAUGUGUUCAGGUUCGGUCUUGUGUGACUGUUUGAGUUUCAUGGUUUCAUUAAAAAGACGUUUAACAGAAAAUAAAGCAAAUAAAGCAAAUAAAGCAGGUGAGGUUUCACUGAGGCGGGAGAUUUAACUGACGUUUGGAUGGAGAAGGAGGGAAAUGUUGGACAUAAAUGAAAAAGUAAAUUUCUGUGAGAGUAAAGAAGUGAAAGAUUCUCCUGUUAGAGUCUGAACUCUGAGAGAGGAGAGGAUUUCUGAACACUGGAGGUACUAAAAGUGAAUGAGGGGUGGAGAAGAGUCCGAGUGUUCAUCAGCAGAGAGGAGGACGGGUUCAGAUGAGGGAAAGUCUGCUUAGUUAGACUUCAGCGACACACUCCUGUGAUCAGCUGAUGAGAGGAGGGGGAGGAGAGAGGAGGAGAGAGAGAGAUGAAUAAAUGAGGCAGAAAGAAAAUCCUCCUGCUGAACUUUCUCUGAAACAUUUACAGUUCAGGGAAAUCAAACUCUCAGUGUUCAGAUCCGAGCGUUCCUGUAACAUCAGCAGCAGCACGUGUGAAGGUCAGCGUGAUAACAAGCAGCUGUUUGUCUGUAGGAGAACAGAUGCUCAAGAAUCAGUUCUGCAUCCAAAAGCACAUUUUCAUAUUUCUGUGGUUAACCUCUCCACAUGUCCCGGACUCCUGUUGGUGUUGUCUCUGUCAGCAGAAAGCUUCUUUGUCUCAAACGGAGCGAUGAUCGUAAAGAUUAAUCAGAGGAGUCUAUUGAUUCAGACCUGACACACUCUCAGAGACUUCUUCAAUCCUACAAGAGUUAAAAACGGGCUGAGGAGACCCCACAUGAUCACCUCUGUGUAUGUGAGGACGUCAGACCAACAGCAGCAGGACGGUGAUUUUGAAAACAGUGAAUUAACCCUGAAUCAUCCGCAGACAGCGUCUUCACUGAGGAUGGAGAGGACGGAGUUCAAACGGAUCAAUAACAACAGGAGAGAGAGCGUACGGCCUUCGUUAUUUUCAGAUCUUUAUGGAUAAGAUUAGGGCUGGGCGAUAAAACGAGAAUGAUAUAUAUUAAAAAUUAAUUUCCCUCAAUAUCAAUAUAAAACAUGAUCAAUACUCUUUUCAAUAGUCGUCAUUCUGACAUGUUUUGGUCGACUAUACGAACAGCCAAUGAAAAGGGGAGUUUCUCCGGGUCUGAACCAAUCAUGUUCUGAAUUAGAACCAAGUAUCAACCAACUGCAGCGUCGUAGCAGACAGCAGCUCCACCCAACCAUAGCACUUUAACAGGUGAAGCCGACAGCACUGUUGGUGAGAAACAAAGAAAAUGAGUGCUACCCCCGACAGAAAUGACGAACAGAUGACGACAUCGCGGACAACACUGGCACGAGCGAGUGUGAAACAGACGACCAUUCAGUCGGCUUUCUCUAGAGCAACGCCUUACGACAAAACGUCAAAGAGACACAAAAACCUCACAGAUGCAGGAGAUUAUUGUGUUGGAAAAGACAUGAGACCAAACAGCGAUUGACGUGAUUUUUUAAUAUUGUGAUAUUAAUCAAUAUUUGCUGAUAUGAAAAAAAAAUAUUGUGAUAAACUUUUUCCCAUAUCGCUCGGCCCUACAUAUGAUGUUAUUGAAUUACAUCCUUUUGUCAGACUUGGACGGUGGAAAAGGAUCUUUUUCUGGGUUUUUAUGUGAACUUUAAAUUUUAACAUAAUUAACAAACUGUUAUUAAAAUAAAGGUCUCUGUAAACUCGGAGCUGAAUUUGUGAUUAAGACUCAGAAAUCAGAGUUCAGUCAUUACCUGGUAAUUCCCAGUGAUCGGAUUGGUAACCAUGGAAACGCACUUAUUAAUAAUAACACUUAUCACAAGUUAUUUCACUCACCUGAUAUUUAAAGCAGAAGUUUGUAUACUCUCAGUUUUUUUUAAAUCUCAAACCUGCAGUUCCUCUGACCGCCUGUAGGGGGCUCUACUGUUCGUAUUCAAAAAUGGUUUCUCUUCUUAACAAAAACAGUCAUGAAUAAAUGGACACUUUGAUCGUUUUUUUUUGGCGUUUCUCCCGUAUAGGGUGGUACUCGGUUAAUUUUGCAGCAGGUCGUUCCGCAGACUGUGACUGUAAUUGACCAGCUGCUCCUGCGAACGGCUGUAAACGGAGGUAGACUGGAAGGCAGCGCGGCUCAAAAGGCCGAACUCUGAACUCAAAUGUCACGAAUGUUUACUUUAAAUCGAGUUCAGACAUCUUCACCUUCAUGUUGACUCGUCUCUCUUCCCCCUCAAACGUUUCCACCCUGAGGUUUUGUCCCGUCCUCGAGGUCCCCGACUCGUCCAUUAUGAAAGUCUUAAACCCGGCGUGCGGUGAUCCCAACAUGAUGUUCCUGCUGGUUUUCUGAUGAAGACUGACCGCCGCAGCGUCGAACAGAGUGCUGACAUCUGUUGGCUGAAGGUCCCUGAGUACCAGCUGCCAUGUGGGGACACCAAAAUGUGCUUGGUCAUGGUGAAAUCAAUAUAUUCUGUCACAGUGAGAUUCAUUUUGAGCACAAUUCAACAUGCUCCUCUGGUACUCGGCGCUCCGGCUCUCUGAUAUAUGAGGCCGUAUAUAAGGCUCCUGAUUUCCCUCCGGCAUCAGCUGGCUGAGGAAUCGAUGCGGCGUGGAGCUGAGAAACAACAGGGGAAGAAACGUGACCGCAGAUUUGUACGAGUUCACUAAGCGCUGAUUCACUGCUGAACAAAAAGCACCAAUCAGGUUCAAACAGGCCGGAGUCGCAGCUGUCAGCGGCGUGAACGAGAGAGAGAGAGAGAGGAGAUCAGUGAGGAUCCAUGAAUGUCACAGCAGCUGAGCAGGUACAUGGAUUUACAGGUAAUCAGGUGAUGAACAGAUUUAUUAACAGGAUCAGUUUUUAAUAAAUGAGAAUCAGGAUUUUUAACGUGAACUGAGUUUAGUUCAAACUUGAUAUUUCAACUCUUAAUCUUUUAUUUACUGAGACAAACUCAGUCCCCAAACCUCACCUCCUGAUCUCAGGACAAAGGUCACUCAAAGAGUCGUUUGUAUACAUCCAAACAUAUCGAUAUAGAUAUGUUUGGAUGUAUUACUAUAUUUUAUAAUAUAUCGCAUACUAAUUUAUUUUAUUUUGAUUAUUUAUUUUAUUGACUUAUACGUAUAUGUAGAUAGGUGUGUGUAUGUAUGUAUGCUGGUGUGUGUAUGUACACGUGUAUGUAUGUUGUGUAAUUCAAAACCAGAUAUACUUAUUUUAUUUUAUUAUCUUUUAUUGCUUCUGUUUUGUACAGAUUUAUUCUGUUCAUUUUUGUUUUUGCUUUUCUUGUUUGUUAUCUUUGAAAGUUUAUUCUUUACGUUCGGCAUAAAAGUGAAGAAAGGGUAGGCACAAUAAGCCAUGGGCUUCAGCCUACACCUUUUUUUUGGUCCAAUGAUUUAAAUGAAAUGAAAUGAAAAGUGUAAUUAGAAUAUUUUUUUUUUUUUGCAACCAAAAAUAAACUAAACUGAAACUUUACAGCUUUAAAGUGAUUUUAUCAACAGCUGGUUUUGACCUGAAGAGAAAUAUCACUCUAAGGUAUUUGACCCACUUAUUGGACCAAUAAAUAUCUGUACCCACUCCUGUUACUGACCGCGACUGAGUAUUAGAGCCGCAUUAAGAAAAACAAAAAAUCAAGACUUUAUAAUUACUCAUGAGAAUGAACAGGUUAGAACAGCUAUUAGCUUUGACUGUAUCCUCGUAAGUAAUGAUUUUAUUACGACUUUAUUCUCAUAAGUAAUUUUUUCUUUUUUUAAUGUGUCCCUGAUUCUCCGUCGUAGUAACCUGCUCCAGAUUCACUCUAAUUAUUCAGUUAGGGCUUCUCUAAAUUAUAGUUUUUUCUUUUUGUCCCUGAAACUUUGUUGGUAUCAGAAAAACAUUCUCUGCAUCCAUCAACAUUUUGCUCAGCGUCUGAACUUUUUGGAGUACUGGUUGUAAUUUAAAAGCCGAGGUGGAGCUCAGACAGCUUUACAGCGGCCUGGAGACCAGUCCACACCACACCCAUUACCUCCACGACCGUAGAGCAGAAAGUCCCGCGUAGAUGUUUGGCUCUGGAGUCGUAACUCGGGGCGCUGAGGAGGUGUUUUAUGAGGCUGAGGACUGGACCGGGAACUCAUGUCUGGACCACAACACUCCACCCGGCCCGACACAUGGACUCUCCAUCAACACCUUCUUUAACUCUCACUCAGAUUAAUAUUCAGUAGAAACUUCUGGUCUUUAGGAAAUAUUCAGGUAUGUUUAGAUUUUUAAGAGCAGCUGUUUUUGGGUCUACAUCAGAGCGGGUCCUUCUCUGCAGAGGCCGCCAUCAUUCAUCUUUAUGUUUCUACGGAGGCUCAGAACCAUAAACUGUAUCUAGAAUAGACGCCGUCCACCUCCUCUCUCUGAGAACAGCGCCCUCUGGUGACGGGCUGCAGUAUAGGUCAUAAACCCCGCCUCCUUAUGGAGCUGUGGACAAACUUUAUAAAUGAAUGACACAGAAUAUAAAUGUUUCUCCCCCCUGGUUGUGAUGUUGACAUGUAGUUACUGUCAGACUGGUUUGUGCUCAAGUCCUCUUUUUUCUGUGCAGCUCCGUUUUUAAAAUUUAUUAGGGGGUUCAUGUUUUCUAUGAUUGACACCUGAUACAGCCAAUGGGAGGACAGAGAUUGAGUAGAUCACCGGGGGAUACGCUGUUUGAGUCGAGCAUCAUCACAGCGACUCUCGGCGACUCCCCCGCCAAAUGCGUAAAAGGCUGCUGCGCAAUGUUGGUUUCAGGAAGUGGAGAAAAUAUCAGAAAUACCGAGAGCUUUUCGGCGUCAAAUUCGUAUAAUGACAGGAGGCGGAGCCAAAGUGUCCAGAGUAUAAACAGUCUAUGUUUUGGGCUGAAUUCCCAAGUUUGAAACUGCUUGUGAAUCUUUUGUAAAGAUGUUUCUGAGAUCGUUGUCAGGAGCUUUAAGGUGCUGAUGUUGAUGCGGGUCAUACUCAGGUUCUUCUCAGUUGUCUGCAGACGGAGAUAGAAGCUCCGCGUUUGUCUCAUGUGAAGUUACAUAACCUCCGAAGUUGGCGAGAACUCACUCUGAGCUAAAAUCACAUCAGCUCAUGUUAAUACGGUGUGAGUUUCUGGAAUAGCAGUUUUUAAACUCUCAUAGUGAAGUUCUGAUUCCUGCCCUACUUUCACAGAGAGUCUCUCUCUUCUGGAAAAGCAGUGCAGAGGUUUUUUGAUGACUUCAGUGCUUCUUGUAUUGAGAGUAAAAAAACAGGACUGAGAGUGUGAGCUGUGCGGUUGUGGGUCAACCUUAAUUACCACGGCUCGGUGUAAUCAUCUCAGCGGCCCGCAGUCCGACGCCCCGCUGCACGGAGGAAACGCUGCCGGGUUAGGCUACCUGUGAGCGCCGGCGGUUGAUUGAACCAGAAAAUUAUCUCACUGGUGCUGCUGUGUGAAUGUAUGAACGUGUGAACGUGUGAAUGUGUGUGUCAGCUCAGAUUUCCAUAUAACAUCCUUCAGUUCAACAUGCUGUCAUCACUCUGUACUCUCGUAUCUUCAGCCUUUAAUCUGGAGCUUCCUGUCCCUGUUUAAUCCAGCCUCAGAUUAAACAGCUGUGCACAUUUACAGACAUCAGAUUUACAGAACUCACCUUUAGUGGAGUUGGAGUUGGAGUUGGAGGGACGGUCCAGUGAUUCAGUUUUCAAAGUCUGAGUGUCAAAGUUAAGAAAUAAAAAGUAUUUUAUACUCAGAGAGUCUAAACAGCAGAGACAGUAUAUUUCUGUUCUUCCAUCAGACUGUGAAACUCUCUUUUAUAUUCUCCUGUCCUGCUCUGUAAACCCACUUUUUCUCAAGGAUCCAUGAAAUAAACGACUUUGGCAGAAACGUCCACAAAGACUCGGGAAACCUCAGAGUUUCUCUCUGAUUUAGAAAACUGGGGGUGAGGUUUGGUCCAAGACUCCUCAGUCAUGGACUCAGAGACACGAUGAAGAAAACUGCAGCCUGUCUGGUUUAUUUGGGGGGUGGUACGGUGGCCCUGAGGUGCAAAAUACAACGGAAUAUCAGGAAACACAACAGCAUUAACCGUUGUGUUUUCUGAAUUGCUGUUGUGUUUUGUGCCUCAGGGCCACCGUAGUGUACAGCCCCAUGAUGUUAUCUCUACUCAUGCAGCAACACCAGGGGGCAGUGUUGCUGUCACUAUUUUUACUUACUACUAUUCUUACUUUUUAUUUUUACUUGGAAUACAGUUACUACAUUUACUUUUGAUACUUGAGUUAGAGAAGUGAUUUACUUUAAGACUCCAACUCAAGUACAUCUGUUAGUUCUUCAUACAGCACCUCCUGGGAGCUAGUCCAGGCGAGCACAUGGAGCUGCACUGGUUGUGGGUGGUGAGUUUGCAGUAUUUAGUGACGUCGUACACAUUCAUUCAUCAGUGACCGAGUCACCCGGAGCGGUUCAGAGUUCACGACCUCGCCGAAGUCAGACCUCCAACAGUGAGGAUAAAUCUCCAUGUCACUACUUCCUGUUUGUCUUCAUUAUUUCCGUUUCCUGCGGCGGACAGACUCAAAGUCAAACGUGUUUCCAUCUUUCAAAGUGGCGCUCCAGGAAGUUCGUCAUGUUAAUGAUUCUCCUCGUUUUGUGUUUCGUCUCUUUCAGUUCACCCUUCAAAGAAGAACCGUCAGACGUGUGUGAGGAAGAGCCUCAUCUGCGCCUUCGCCAUGGCGUUUAUCAUCAGCGUCAUGCUCAUCGCAGCCAAUCAGAUGCUGAGGAACGGCAUGGAGUAGCUGCUCGCACUGUGAGCGGGGAUCCGGCCAGCCUGCAUGUGCAUGCCAGUGUGGGUGAAGUCCUAUCCCUGCUGACUGGACUACAAGGAAUAACCCCCCAAAAACCCCGAGACCGAACCAUUUUGAGAUUCGUUAGUUUCCUGAAUGACUCGCACCUCUCCACCCGACAUCCAAUGAAAACCGUGAAGCCAGCAUGAGGAGUCAUGCCGCACUCCUCCCCCUUUACUCUGACAGGGACUCUCAAGGGCUGACAUUACACAUUAGAAACUGUCCUGUCUGUUUCCCUGAUGCAAUAAAAACGUUAGAAAAGACCCGAGCUGGGUGCAGGAGUUCAGAGCGGCGAGAUGUGAGCGUGGAGUCUGCAGAACGGUCACCCACCAAGAGUCUGAUGAGCUUCCAAGGCUGCAGUCUGUGAGGCAGGGCGAGGACGGGAACAAUGGUCCUCUUAUUAGAUUUCCUGGAAGGACGACGGCUGAUCUCAGCGCCACUCGAGCAGAAGGAUCUGUACGUGUCGGGCCGCGGCUCCUGGAGCUCUCAUGGUGCUACGAUACUUGAGCUCUCCAAUGAGGAUUUCUGGGCUGGUACGAGGUGCUGGCAUCAGUUUUUCAGUCCGACAAAGCGAGCAGGAGAGUGAAGAAGAUCUAAAACUCCAGACUUGGACUUUGGCUGGGUGACACUUCUUCUGGACGAACUCUGUUCAAAGUGCAGACAGACGUCUCUGUGGGGAAAAAAACACCUCUCAAUACUCCGACUCAUAAAUCAUCUUUAUGUAAAAUUAAAAACACAAACACAGUCAUUUUAGAAUCAGGUCUAAUUCAUCUUUUCGGCCCGAAACCUUUUCUCCUCGUUUACCUGAAUUAUUGUUUUUGUAGGUUUUCUAAAAGGAGAACAAACAAGCUCCAGAUUUACCCGUUUAUGAAUAAAUAGACGAUAAACGAUCGAAAAAAAGUUCCAAAAAUAAAACAAGAUUUUUAAUUCAGACACAACUCUGAUGGUUUUUACGAGCAGAUAGUUUUGCUCUGAGUUCAGUCAUGACUUCACUCCGUCUUUUUAUUUUACGACGGUCAAUUUUCAUUGUUUAGAUUAAAGUCCCGGUUGAUGAUCUUCAAAAAAAACUGACCCGUUGAGGCAGAUCUGAAAAAAGCGUCCUCCCCCCCCACACACACAAACCUCUCCCCUCUGUGCUCCACCAUAACUCCGCCCCCUGAACCUGUAUCGCUCUCUCCAGAAGAUCCUACGCUAGCUUCAAAUAGGAUCCACCAUGUCGGAUUGUUAGUGACUAGCGGCGGUAAACGCCAGCUCUGCUAGUGAGCGCCGUCUGCAGCUGCCUGGACAGCUACCGUGUUGACAUGUCAGAGACUAAUCAGUUAUUUAUGUAACAUGAGCCACAAUAAAAGGAGAUAAAAAUGACCUCGACCCCGCCCUUUUGCGUUGUCCCUCUUUUGGAGGUGUGGCGAACAGAAGUGUUUCCGUCCUUCUCCAUCACAGCUCCUGUAGCUAAGCUGCUGCUACUUUUAGCCGCUCAGAGCUCCGAGGAGGGCCGGGAGAGGGGGAGGGGAUGAGUCGGAACUACAGGAAAGGGGUGUGUCUAAUAUUGACCAAUAGGAGCUGUCCGGGACGGAUGGCUCCCAUUGGUCAAUGUUUUUGCAGCUCUGCACCUGAUAGGGUGAAGAGAUUUUUUCUGUUCUUUUUUCUCUUCACUUUGUGGAGAUCGCAGUAUAGGACCAUGAUCGCCAUAGAAACGAGGUUCAUAAUAAUUACCGAUCUUUAUAAUCGUCAACCAUGACUUUAAGUCAUCGUCAUGACAACAUGACCCUUAUUUAAACUGGGAGACGAGAUGUGUAAAUUUUCCCACAGCUGACUGACGUUAAGGUUGUGACUCCUGCUGAACUCCUGCACACCCACCUGAACCUGUACCCCCCCCCCACAAACACACACAAACACACACACACACACACACACACACACACACACACACACACAUAUGUGAUCAAGAGCAUGCGAUCAAGUCAGUGUCUGCUGUAAAUACUGUAUCCCACGUCUGAAUAAGUGUUUCACUCGUCUUUAUGUGCAUGAUUGUUGGUGCUCUCUGCUCACAGGGGUGCAGAGGUGCAGGGAGGGGGAUCAUCCAGACGACUGCUCCAUCUGAAAACGCAGCAGCAGCAGCAGCAGCAGGCGGUGGAGACCCUUUCUGCUCCCUCUACACCCUCCUGCCAAAGCCAUAAAACUCUGCAGAGGUGAAUCAGACGACACUGUACAGACGCUUCUCUCUGUCCUCUCCAAAUCAAAGCAGCAGAAACGUGUUUCUCAUGAAUGAUUCGGUUUGUUCCUGUCAAUGUUUCACACCAAUGGGGGGGGGCUGAAGGUACAUGCAAGAGUGCCCCCUAGUGGUCCGUCCAUGCUGUUCACCCUCACAGUGUUAGUGUAAUCACCACAGUCUGACAGAUGUUGGUCUUCAAUGUUAAAAUCUGAGGAUUUUUAUCUCUACUGUAAAGUUUGAUCUACCGUCAGCAGGUAGAUGGAGCAGCACCUGUACGUACACACACACACACGCACACACACACCUAUAUUUAAAGACACAGUGUAUUCACUGUUUCAAAGGUUCCCCUCACAGAUGAUUUCUGACACCUGUCGCUCACACUGAAUCCAUGUUGGUUUUUAAAAUCCACACUCUGACAGAUUUUUGUUAUAUCGAGUUUUUCUGAACAUGAACCACUAAAUUAAAGCUCAUCACUGCUGCCGUGUGGUGAUGGUGAUCUUUCUCUCUGUACACAUUUUUAUUUUUAUAUGUUGGAGCUUUAAGUGAAACCGUCUGGGCCUGCAGACCGGCUGCAUGUCUCCAUCUCAGAACUGGACUUUUAUUUUGGCGGGGAGGGCACAGUGUGGCAGUAGCAUGGUGAUCAGAUCCCACAUGUUUUUGUUAUGUAACUUUGUACAUAGCUAAUAAGAAAGCAUAUCUACUCGACAAGCACACACUAAACAUUGUUUGCAUGUGUAAUAUUUAAAGGUGUAGAUUAGAGAGAUUUUCAGUUGUAAUAUUUAUUAGGGGAGUAAUAAUUAUGAAAUUGUAAAUAUGGAAACUUGUAUAAUGGUGAAAGGAUUAAGCAUUGACGCAAUAAAACUGUGUUUUUUUUUCAAUA